GUCGUCCGUGUCCCUGGGUGGACGACGGCAGCUUGCUGUGAGGCAGCUCCGUGGGCGCGGGCCGGGCCGGGGCGCCGGGGAGCGUGUGGGGCGGGGGGAAGGAGUCGCGCGCUCCCCCGCCGGGGGGUGGGGGAGGAUUAGUGGGACGCCGCGCGGCCCCGCCCUCUCCUUCCCCUCAGCCAGGGCGCGAGAGCCGAGGGGCGAUGGACCAAAGCGAGCGCGACUGGCACCAUGACAUUCGCGCGCCUCUUCCUGGCGGCGGCAGUGGCGGCUCUGGGGACGCUCGCUGAGCCGGGCGCUUCGGAGCCGGCUCGCUCGCCUUUCCCUUUCGCCCCGCGGGGCUCUGCCCGCCAGCCGCCUCAGGCGCGCUCCCCGCCGCCGCCGCCGCCUCUGCCGCUCCAGCACCACCAGCCCGCCGGCGGCUGCCCGCGAGGCGGCGGGCGCUUCGUCAACGUCACCGAGUCCGGCGCCGAGUGCCUGCCCUGGGCGGACGUGCCCACCUUCCUGGAGAAGACGCCUCAGGGCAGAGGGCUGCGAGGGCAGCGCAACUUCUGCAGGAACCCCGACGGCAGGAGCAGGCCCUGGUGCUUCUUCAGGAACAGCCGCGGCAGGGUCGACUGGGGCUACUGUGACUGCAGGCAAGGUGAGGAAGAGGAAGGCGGGGGGGGGCAGGUGACAGGAGGGAGAGCGAGAAGGGACCCUCCAACAAAGGACCUAUUUGCUUUUGUAUUCUGCUACCUCCCCCUGCGUCUAUUUCUCUCCCUCCGCCCGUUUUUGGAGUGUAUGAUGAUGAUGAUGAUGAUGAUUAAAUACAGGUAUGUACUUCAAGGAGCUCCAGGUAGUGUACAUGAUUCUCCCCCUCCUCCUCACAACAUUCCUGGGAGAUAAGUUAGGCUGAGAAAGUGUUACUGUCCCAAGCUGUCCCAAUGACAACGGGGAUUCAAACCCAGAUUUCUGGGGUCCUUAUCUGGCACUAACCCCUACGCCACACUGCCUCUGAUUUCCCUAUAACCAGACAGUCAAGUGGCUCCUUCUGUUUAAUACAAUAACUGCAACUGUAUCUUCCUUGUUUCCGGGGCCAAACUAGAUAGUAAAUGAUGGAGCAGAAGGAUUGAGGUGUAGAAGGGCACUCAACAGCAGGCGAGGAAGUAGCCAGAGUGAGGAGGGGGAAGAGAAACCCACCUUCCUUCAAAGCUAAUAUUUGAAUUGGGGUGGGGUGGGGAUUCCCAUUGGCACCAAUGUGGGAUUCCCCCUCCCAAGCCAGGGUGGGCAUCCUGCAGGCCUCCAGAUGUUGCUGGACUGCAGUUGUCAUCAUCCCUGACCAAUGGCAAUCUUGACUGGCACAAAUGGAUGUUGGGCUCCAGAAAACAGCUGGAGAGGUCCCUCACCCCUGGCCCAAAGCAAAUUGCAGACUCAGAGCAGUGGUUUUUCUCCCAAGGACAUCAGUGGGGGAAUAGGUAGAUUUCCUCUCUAUACAUCUGCCCCAAUCUCAAUAGUUAGGAGAACAACAACGCACAACCAUCACAGCUGCUGCUAUUUAAAUUGUUCAAAACCUGCAUAGUGAAGCCAUAAAGUGUGGGGUAGUAAACUUUUGUGUGAUAAUAUUUGGUGUGAGAAUAGGGUUGUUACAAGUCUACAAGACUACCCCUUUUUUCAUCCCUGUGGAACUUUGGAAGUUUGUGAGUCUGUUGUGGCGGAUGCUCUCUGGCUACCAAGCAUAGCCCUGCAUCCUUCAGGCUAUGAGAACAAUUGUUCAGGUGGGCACUGCUGAGCUGGUAUUCGUUAGCUUGCUCUAAUGGGACAAGGUUAAUUCUGGAAGAAGGGCUGAGGCAGGUUGGUUGCUUGGAUGCUGAGGUCUCUGUGUGCUUGUUGCCCUGGUUAGUUGUUGGGAAAUACGUGUUGGUUGAUUUUAUAUUCCAGCAUGUACUGUGUAGUGUUGUGUAUGUGUGUCAGCUGUUGCGAUUUAUGUAUGAGAGAGAGAUGCUAAAGACGAAUGCUGAAAGUCUAUUAGAAUGCAUUGUUUCUUUCUGAAUGAUAUGUGGAUUUCUAAAUGGCUGGUGAAAUGCACUCAGAUGAAUACAUUCCAAUGUAUAUUGUUUUUAAAAAUUAUGUCUGGAGACUGAAAGUUCCUGUAUUUUGGGGGGCAUGGAUUUGUGUUGUGAGGGUUGUGUGUAUGGCCCGCAGUAUGCAUUUAUUUAAACAUUUAUAUCCCACCUUUGAAUUAAAAAAAGAACCUUUAAGGCAGCUUGCAGAUAAUUCAAAUUGUGACUGCUGGAUGUAGGCAUAUUGGUUGCCCCAGGGCUGGGAGGAUACCCGCCCUGGUGUUUUGUGCAUUGGCCACUGGAAUUUAUGUGUCCUCUGAUGACGUGCUUUAAGUUUGGCUCAUGUACAUGUCGCCUGUACUAACUGAUGUGUAUUGGCUGUUGGAUUGUGUGUCUUCAUUUACGACUUUUCAUUACAGUAUUAAACUUAUUAAUCGCCUAAUAUUAAUAGUCUCUAUGUGAUUUACAAUACUGCUUUGAAGAUGCCAUUUGUUAUACAAUACCCUAGUGGUAUGUUUACUGUUGACUACUUCACUUUUACUUCUUGUGCUUGUUUCAAUAUCUUGCUUAAGCUCUCAUCUGUGAAGUAUGUGUUAGCUAGUGAGUUUUUGCAAAAAAAAAAAAAGGACCAAACCCUAUAACUGGAUUGCAUUACUGUAUUUUAUAUCGACUGAUUGUUAGUUGUGAUCAUCUGUGCGGGGGCAGUAUAUUGUGUAUUGGUAAUGUGUGAAAUAUGGGUGUUGGUUGGUAUUCUUUUCUACAGUACAAUUCCACACAUGUUUAUGUGGAAGUGUCCAAUGGGACUUAAGCCAAUGUAAGUGUGAAUAGGGUUUCAAUCUUAGUUACUUGUGUUUAUGCAAACAGACUGCUACCAGCUAUCCCCUUCAGUUUUACACGGGUUAUUAUUUCAUUUAUAACUCACCUUUCCAUUGUGGAACUCAAGCUGAUGCAAAUAGGGUUCCCAGGUGAUCUCCCACUGAGACACUGACCAGAGCCAGAUUUGGUUAGGCUGCUGCAUCGUGUCCCUUCAGACAAUGCCAUGCAGUGAUGCCCUGUAAGUACUGUAAAGCCGGGAGAGGGGGAAGGCUGGACAGCAGUCUUGCAUACUGAGGAGAAUUUGCCAAAAGGUUUGGAUAAAUUAGCCCUCCUCCUGCCUGUUCUCCAAACCCAGGUGGACACAGUGAAGGCUGCUUAUGCACAUUAAACUUAAGUUGUUAGGGAACAAGGGGUCUGCCUGAUUCCACAGGGCAAGCACUCUCUGACUCCAAUGUCCCCCCAGGAAUCAGAUCAUGUAAACUUCAAGUGUAUGACAGAUUGUCUCCUGUUGUUUAAAGUUCCAGUGGAAAGGCGAUCUGAGUGUUUCCCAAGCCAAUUUCUUCCAGAAUUAUUUAAACUGGAAGGCUGACUCCAACCUUGUAGUUUGUAUGCCUGAAAAGUGGGAAGGAAUUUACACCCAACAGGCCAGGUUUUCUUCCUCUGCAUUGACAACCAGUUUGAGCUCCUCUGCUCAAGCAGGAAUCUUUUUGUUCAUCUGCACAACAUUGCUUUCAAUGGGGUGUGCACUCUAGACGCACAUCCAAAUGUACACCCUUAUGUGGAAUCACUCUUGGACCACAUCCAAAUGCUCAUCCCAGUUGUAAGCACCACUUACAGCUCUAACAUGCAUCCAUUUUAACCCUGCAGAUCUUGAACCAAAAAAGAUUCAGCAUAGGGAAAUAUGCAGGCUGGGGAAAAAAUAAAAGGAUAAAUAAAAAGGUUCUUCUGUUAGCGCUGCCUUUCUUCUCUCUUUCUCCACUCCCUUUAAUUGUUUUAUGGGUCCACACUAAAGAGGGUAUAACAACACGUAAGUACAUAAGAAAGACCUGCUACAGCAGGCCAGUGGCCUAUCUAGUCUGGCAUCCUGUUCCCAUAGGCAUCUAGCUGGCCCCGUGAGAAGUCUGCAAACAGAACCCAAGCACAAGAGAACUCUUCCCUCCAAUGGUUUCUGACAGUUGGCAUUGAGGACAGCAUAAUUACGGUACCUGGCAAGGGACAAAUCAUGAUCACAAAUGUGGUUUUCCCAAGGUGAGGCUCAUCCACUGCACUCUAAGGGCUUAUCCAAACUAACCUUUCCUCCCACCCUUUCUGGGCAGGGUCCAUGCUUUAAGGCUGCAUGUCCAGCAGCCUCCCUCCCCCCUUUUUUUGCUGUGGAGCAUUCCCCAUGAAAACUUGCUCUUUAAAGCUCAAUGGACCAAACUGCAAUCCACGGAAAACCUGAAUUGAUGCUUGUUCCGAUUGAGUGCUAAAGGGUAGGUUUUCAUGGGGAAAGCUCCAGGGCAAUGAAAUGAAAUGCUUGGACACAGGCCUUUUAAGUGUGCCUGGAAAGAGGGGGGGCAAAGGUAAGUGUAGAUAACUCCUUAAAUUUGUUAAUCCCAGUGAUUUCUCCAAAUGUGGGAAACUCAGCUGCAUAAUUCGUGAUCCAGCAGGGUUAUUCAUCUGUAUCACAUACAGGAGCUAUGAUGUCUUCCAUAUAUACAGGUGUACCUUCAUUUUUCAAAAUACGUAUGAGACAAUGUCUAAAUUUAUCCAUUUUUAACGAAAAUGUAAUUUUUGUAGUGAAGUAUAUUAAUACAUACAAAUCCUUUGGAUGUAUAAUGUAUUGACUGCAGUAAAUGUCAAACUAAGUUGGAUCUCAUUUUCAAUAAGUCUCCCAGGUAGUUUCAUAAGCAGGCGAUGGGGUGAAAAAUUAUAUUAAUAAAAAGAAUCUAUCAGAAUAGUGCAACAGAUGUACUGAUAUAUGUGGUUUCAUCACCACUAAGGUUAAACUGUUAUCAUUUUAGUAAUAAUAUACUGUUCAUAUAUCUGACAGAUGCCAUGUCAUUUGAAGUUCUCCUUGCCUUUCUUUAGCAUAAUCAUUUACAAAGUUUUUGAGAUACUAAAGAUGAGAGAGAUUUGUUGAUACGGCUGGGCAAUUUAGCUUGCAGUCACCAGCAACUACAUUUCCAUGCUACAGUUUACUUUAGAGCAGAGGUGGCCAAUCUCUUGCACUCCACAAGUAAAAUCCAAGGUAAGAUUUACAGCCCAGCCCUCAUACCUUGGUUUGACUUUGUUGUUGACAGUGCAGUACAGAAAGGUGGAGAAGGUGUGUUGGCCAGGCUCAUAUUUUGCAGCCAAAUCUCCUGAACCUGUCUAGGAAUGUUCCCUCACUUGCCUUCACAGUCAGAGGCAGUAUCAUUCUAUAUACCAGUUCCUGGAAACUGCUCGAGAGGAGAGUGUUGUUGUGUUCAGGAAUGGCUUGUGGGCUUUCCAUGGGCAUGUGGUUUGUCACUGUGAGAACAAGAUGCUGUACUAGAUAGGCUACUGGCCUGAUCCAGUAGUGCUGUUCUUAUAUAUCACUUGCAGCACCCACUGCAUACUCUUGUUUUGCUAGAUCAAGCCCCAUUUUACACAGAAACCCACGAAUGAAGCUCCGUUUAGUUAAUAAGAAGCUUCUGAGUGACUGUUGUAGCUAGUAGUUCUGAUAGCUAGGCUCACUCAUCUUUCCUCUCGCAGCACCCGGUUUCUUUUUGGACUUAGAGCAUCAGAGAAGAACAAGGACAUAGCUGCUUGCUGAGACUUGCUUGUUGCUUCUCAUCCAAAAAGAUGCCUGUUGAUGUCAGAGGGAGGAUCUCAGUGGGAGACACUGAGAGAGGGUUGGAAAUGAGUUCUUUUACAUUACAGUGUUCCUUGGUAGCUACUGGAACAAAUAACUGCUACAGUCAUCUUGAGGCUUAUUUCCAUAUGGAGCCUUUUUCAUCGGCUUCUCUGUGAGCCAGUUCUUCAAGACUAUUCAGAGUCCAUCAGGAGCAAACCAGCUGUGUGUUUCGUCAGUCUGGCUGUGUUCCAUGGCAUUACAUUUAUUUGUGGUAAGCACUGUCACGCUAGGUGUAAACAUUUCCUUCCACAACAGACUUGUAGCAUGAAGCAUGAAGCACUUCUCCAUAUGCAUCUUGAUAUAAACAUGUGGAUAGAUCCAUGUUCGAACAUAUUCUUGAAGAGUAACAUGGUAUUUCUCAGGGUACUUUAGGAAGCAAGAAUGUGGUUUUGAAUUGGAACAUAUUCUAUAUUAUUUAUUUAGUUAUUAUUUAAUUUCAUUUAUGAACCUCUUCCUGUGAGUCAUCUUAAAAUGAUGUACAAUACAACAAAAACAAACACAAAACAAUUAUACAGUGGUAGCUUGGUUUACAAACUUAAUUCGUUCUGGAAGUCUGAUCUUAAACCAAUGCGUUCUUAAACCAAGGCGUGCUUUCCCAUAGCAGCGGGGGACUCAGUUUACAAAUGGAACACACUCAACAGGAAGCGAAACACGUUCUUAUUCCAAGGCAAAGUUCACAAACCAAAACACCUACUUCUGGGUUUGCAGCGUUCUUAAUCCAAGUUGUUCAUAAACUAAGCGGGUCUUAAACCAAGGUAAAAAGGUAAAGGGACCCCUGACCAUUAGGUCCAGUCGUGACCGACUCUGGGGUUGCGGCGCUCAACUCGCUUUAUUGGCUGAGUUUAACCCACAGCACCACCCGCGUCCCUUAAACCAAGGUACCACUGUGUAAAUAAAAUGGUUAAAGCAAUUACAUAUAAAACAAUUAUGCAACAACUAUCGCAUAAAUAAGAUAAAUUUCAAAUCCAAUACAGAUACUGACUAGGACAACAAUCUCUACUUAGAAGGCUUGUUGAAAGAGGAAAGUCUUCAAUAAACACCUAAAGUGGCAUAUAGAUGAUGCUUUUCUGAUAUACAACGGGAGGGAGUUCCAAUGGGUAGGUGCUGCUACACUAAACGUCUGAUUUUGACAUAGUGGGAAAUGGACCCAUUCAUAAGAUGGCAUCUGUAGGAUUGGAUGAAUAUAUUGGAGAUGAGUUGAUCUUUUAGGUAUGCUGGUCCCAAGCAGUUUAGGGCUUUAAGCACCAUUUCUAGCACCUUCAACUUAGCCCAGUAACUAGUUGGCAGCUGUGAUGGGUAUAUCUUUGCUACAGAUAUGCAUAUACUACAGACUAAUAAUCUAUGGUAAACUAGUAAAGAUUUGUCAGAAACAAGGCUAGAGGUCAUACCUUUUACCUCCGCUCUUGGAGAAAUGGAUUGCAACACAUUUACUAUUAAGGGAGAACACUGUUCCUUAGAAUGCUUGGGAGAUAAUAGCCUGGUCCACACAUCACAUGAAAAAUAAACUAUGGUUUAAAGCAUGGGUGGCUAGCCCUCAGUUUAGGGGCCCGAUUCAGCCCCAGAAGCAAAUUUUUCUGAAUGCUCUGCCUCCCCCCAGGCACCACCAAUUUUGGUGGGAGCAAAAAGGAAAGAAAAUAAUGUGAACACAGUACUGGGGUGAGUGGAGGCCAGUGCCCUGAUGGAGAUAUCAGUUUCUCCCUACCUCAUCGUCAAUUUGAUUAUUUGAUGAGUGGAGAGAGAGCAGUAAUCCUUCCUGCUCAGUUGAUCAGCACAGGACAGCUCAUGGGUCGUGUGUGACUGUGUCUGCUUGUGUUUUUCCUUUAUAAAUGUGAGAGCUACGAGUGUGAAGCGGGCACGGCCAUUGGUACAUUAUGGUGAAGGAUGGGUGACAAAUGAUGAUGUUGAUGAUGCAGCCCUGGAGGUUGACCAAAGGCCCAAAAAGUUAGCCACUCCUGGCUUAAUGAGCUGCAUGCUAGUGCAUGUGGCUCAAAGGUCACCUCUUAUGUUCUGCUUCACUCUAGAAUGCUAUGGCGUUGCAGGGUGGAAGCAACCCAGAGGAUGACUUCACAUUAUGUGUCAACAUUAUGGUUGUGGUUUGUUCGCCACUCAUGAUAUGUGUGAAGGAAACAAACUACGGUAUGAUUGCUGAUUUACAUGUAAUAUGAAACCAUCUUCUUGUUUGUUUCCUCUGUCUUGCACCAAAGCAAGGAGCAAAGCAGGGACUUUUCAGCAGCAUGCACGAGCAUACUGCUUGUUUGUAUUUAACCAUAGUUUAUUUUUAAUUAUGGUCUAAUGUGUCAUGCAAACUGGCCAGGGCAGAAUAAGAAAGAAUAACCCCUGCAGCCUGGAAUUUUCACCUUCACGUAUUUACCCUGCAGCACAUAACAAUAGAAUGUAAGUGUUUUCCACUUGAGAUCAUCUAGGAAUGUCAAUGCAUGUAAUUUUAGAUCUGUUACAAAAUGGAUUCUGGAAUAUAGUGUCAUUCAAGCUAGAAGUUGCUGGAUGGAUGAUAGAUGACUCUUUCUGGAGGAAUAAUUCUAUUUAUUUAUCUGCAAUUAUGUAACUUUCCGAUCUCAUAUUGAAGUUUUGGUAAUGAAAGUGGCUAACAUUAGCCUGUUAAAAAUAACAAUGAAAUGUACAGAUUCUUUAUAACAAAAUAAUAGAACAACAGGAAUAUGCUCAUCGUGAAAGCAAGAGCAGUAUCUAAAACUAUUUCUAGGCUCUCAGUGGUCUGGUCUCAAAGGCCUGUCAAACAAACCUUUGCUGAUCUUCUAAAAACCUAACAAAGUAGAAUUUUUUUCCUAUUCUUUCUCUAAUCCAGAAAUCGUUGAACAAAUUUAAAAGAGUACAGGGUGAAGGCCAACUUAAUAUGGAAGUCUUUGUAUUGUACUUUUUUUCUGAAAGUGAGAUGGCUCCUUGGGAGCCAUUCUCAUUAUACCCCUAACCCCCUCCCCUACUUUAAUUAUUUCCAGCUCAAUAACACAUGAAACAAUUAGGUCACAGGCCAUUACAUGUCUUUUAUUUCCAUGGAAUCUUAGAUCAUUGAUCAAUGAGCUGUAGCACUGUGAAGGAACUAUUGCAGACAAGUACACAGCCAAUACGUACAUUGCUUUGGGACUUUCAGAUUUCAGGAGCGUUAAAUGUAUAGGAAUUCAGAAACCCUCAUUUGUGUGUGUCUGUGUGUGUGUGUGUGUGUGUGCGCGCGCUGGGAAGUUGAUGGAGCUAUAUUGUAUGCAUAAAGGACAUUGAUUUUCAGCAGCAGUAAAACAGGUUGGAAUCAGCUGAGAGUUUCUUCUUGUCUGCCCUCUUUCAUCUACGUUCUAUGCUUGGUCUUGCCUCAUGCAGAGCCCGUGACAAGUGUUAACCAAGUAAAUCUCAUCCAUGCUAGUCUGAAUUCCCCUUCCAGCUUGCACUGGAAAAUGUAACACAAUCUUCUCUAAAGGGUAACAGGAGGUAUCAAAUACUUCUGCUUGGGGCCAUUCCAAAGGAGCUCUAAUUGCCGGCUGAAUAUAAACAGCAUGAACUGACUCCUGGUGACUUCAAGUUUAAAGGUUUGGGUGGAGUCCAGAGAAAGGCACAUCAGAAUCCCCACUGAAAUCACUGCAACUUAACUGAUUGGAAUCCAAAGCAUGGCUGCUUAAAGCAAGGUCUUUCAUUCUUUGAAGCAUUUGGAGCAACUCCUUGUCCCAACACCCUAUUGUAACUAAGCUGAAAUGCCGUAACUGAAAUACAGUGGUACCUCUGGUUACGAAUGCUUCUGGUUACAAACACUUUGGGUUGCAAACUCCACUAACCUGGAAGUAGCUGCUCCUGGUUGCAAACUUUGCCCCAGGAUGUGAAAGCACGCCUCAGAAUAAGAACAGUUUCAGCUUAAGAACGGACCUCUGGAACGAAUUAAGUUCAUAACCAGAGGUACCACUGUAUAACAUGUAUUAUUCUUUACCUGUUAACUCCUACCUCCAUUUCCCCAUUAUUUUCCCCUUGUAUCUAUUUGUUUAGUAAGCCUCUUGGGUUAGAGGUUUGUUAAGCCUAUUCUGUGUAAGGUGUCAUGUACCUCUAUUAUGCUAUAUAAAGUAAAUAAUAGGAAUCAACUGCAAGGAACAAUGUUUAGAAUCAGGUUGUUAACUGAGUGCAUCUGCUGGUCCCACUGAAAUACUUUUGAUUUUAGUGGGCUUAAACAUGACUAAAUUUCCUUACAUUGCAACUAGAAUGACUAUUCCCUUUAUUAUAAGAGUGUGAAAUUAGUGAGGCAGGGAAAAUGUUACCUUGUUCAUUCUCCUUGACCUCUCAGCAGCUUUCAAUACCAUCAACCAUGGUAUCUUUCUGGAGUGGCUGCCUGAGUUGGGGGGUUGAGUAGCAGUGCUUUGUGGUGGUUCCAGUCCUAGAUCGAUGGACAUUUCCAAGGGAGUGAUGCUUGGAGAAUGUUUGGCCCUGUGGAGCCUUCAAUGUGGGGUUUCUCUGGGCUUGAUUUUAUCCAUUAUGCUGGAGCUUUCCAAACUUUUCAUGUUGGUGACACACUUUUUUAGACAUGCAUCAUUUAGUUCCAGCAGUAACAGGACCAGAAGACACCCAAAGCAGCUAUCAUGUCCUCUCAGGGAAUCCUCAUGCGCACCGUAGCCAGGGUUAAUUUAGUGUUACAUGUGAAACAACCCAUAUAAUGUUCUGCAUUGAACUAAUGCAAUAGUUUGCAUGGGUGUGUAGCUAGAAUGUUUUGAAACUGCUUGUGGAUUUAAGGGCUAGCUAUCUCAGUAUAACCUGAAAUAAUCUAUGGAUCUUGAUUGUGUAAACAAGUCCUCAGGGCUAGGAUAAUGCAGUCAGGAAUUUUUAGUGUUGCAAUUACAUGGGAUCCAUAUCUCUCCUUCUCUGACCUCAACUAUGUGCUGUGGCAUCUUCCUUUCCUUUUGAUGAGGAACCUGUAAUCCUUCAGAGGUUGUUGGAUUCCAGCUCUCAUCAGCCUCAUCUGGCAUGGCCAAUGAUCAGAGAAGGUGAGAGUUGUAGUCCAACAAUAUAUGGAGGGGUUCAGCUUCCCUGUUCUGUACAUAGUGAACAUGGCAGUGGCCUGCCUUCUUGAUGUGCUGUUUGUAGAGAAGAAUGGUCAAUGGUCCCUCUAGAAAAAAAGAGAUCAGCCCACAGAUCAAUACUAAGCCUAGCUGAAGGUUAUACUGAGGACUGUGGCUCUAAUUAGCAAAAAUAUGUUGGUGGCUAAAGAGCAGAGCAAAUGAAUAAAUUCAUUGUAUGUAAUAUUGGCUAUUCAGGCUGGUAUAAAAUGUAAUCCUAUUUGGUCUACAGUGGUCAAAUUGUAGAGGGAAAGAGUAAGGGACCAUUAAUGAAAUCCAUAAACUCCAGCCCUUUACUUCCUUUAAAUUUAGCCAAAGCUCACAUGGAAUACACUUCUGUCCAAGAUAUAACGUGCAACCUGUAUUUAUAGUGGCUUUUACAACAGUUACAUAAAUGCCCAAUGGUGAUAUAUAAAAUGCUUCAGCUUCGUUAAACAAGGUAACAAGUUUCUCAUUUGUAUAAACUAUUUUCUCAGUUUUCCAUAUCUGCCAUGCAUGUGUUGCUUUUGCUACCCAACCAUGGGGGUGUUUUAAUGGUGGGGGUGUUUUCUUAUUUCAUUGCUAGACUUGAGGAAAUACAGACCAUAAAUUCACAUGAGCUUUGUGAAGUGGUGUUUGGUUGUGGUCAAGUAUGAACAAAUGCAUUCUUUGGCCUGAAAUAAACUCCUGGCAUCUGUGUCAUGUAUAAUAUUAUAUGGGUCACUGAAAAAGCUAUGUAAUCUAUGUGAUUGUUUUCUAAUGCCUUUUAACAUGAUGGAAUUAAAUGAGAGGUAUUCAUCCCUGGCUAUAUUUUGUGGUAUGUGUGUGUAUGUCUUAAUGCCUUUUUAAAAAGGAACUGCAAAUUCUGUAAAGCUUAUAUUUCUGUGCCUACAUAGACACUGAGCUUCCAAGGAAGAAAUGGUAUUGUCACCGUUCAUUUCAUUUGUAGAGAAAUAGUAUAUCAGGCUGGCUGUGAUGCAACUUGGAAGUAACCUCUGUUACUCUGCUCCCUCAUCGCUACCCUCUGGCAUGCCUGGCAGCAAGUUUAAAAGUGGGGUUAGCCAAACACAAAUUUGUUCAUCAUAUUAAUACAUUCCAUGUAGAUUUCCAUUGAAAGACUAUUUCAAGGUUGGUAAACAACAGCAAACAUUUUUACACAUUUGCCUUAAACUUAACAUACAAUUCCAACACCAAUCAAACACUACCCAAGUAAAGUAGUUUCUUGACUGAAUAUAUCAAAGAAUGCCAGUGGAGAAAACACUGAAAACAUUAUGGAAGUAGGAUAUGGAUACCUUUAAUACCAAAGUGAUAUGAACACUGCAUCUUUUCCUCCUCCUCCUCCUCCUUAAUCUACUGCUAUCUGUCUCCAUGAGGAACUUGCCAUGACCCCAAAUACAGCAAAUGCUAUUGAGAAGGUUUUUCCUGUAGGAUACAGGGUUGUUUUUUAAAUGGCUGCUGUAGACAUUGCCAAUAUUUCAUCUAUGAGAAGGAUUCCAACACAGGGACACACAGCUUAUCAUUAUUAUUUUUUAAUAUAUAGGUUCUGUGAGACUUAAAGGUGGCAAAAAUGAGUUUGAAGGCACAGUUGAAGUUUAUCUGAAUGGAAUAUGGGGAACGAUCUGCAGCAAUCAUUGGGAUGAUACCGAUGCAUCAGUGAUAUGUCAACAGCUUGACCUUGGGUAAGUGCUAUAUAGCUCUUAAUUCACAUUGGGUUAUAAAUGGUGCCUUACUCCUACACAGUGUAGGAGUAAAAUGGAAGUCAGUUGUCCGUAUUAGUAGACAUCACAAUUGCUUGAAAUAAUUUAUUCACUAAAGUUUGAUAAUUCUAGAGGCAAUACUACUUUUAUCUGGAAAGCAGGGACACUUGAGAAUGUAUGUAGUCAAUGACUUCAGUAGAAAGCCAGUGGCUUUAGAAUUCAUUUAAAUAACUAAGUAAUCAAAACAAGAAAGUUCUGAAAAUUUCACUUUAAUGUAAAAAACAGCUUUCUGUGCUCUGGUUCUAGAAGGAAGAUAUAAAGUUGGUAUAUUAGUUUUCUCAGGGCACUCUAAAAUAAGGACAAAAUCUUAAUUAUGAACAGUUUCUUUUUAAAAACAAAGCAAAACACUAGUAAUUAAAUCUUUCUUUUUGAGGGAAAUAUGCCCUAUUUUUUAAAACAACAACAAACAAACAAACAAACAAACAAACAAACAAUAUUUUAUAUAGGUGAUUGAAAAGCUCUGUGUUGCAGCUGUAUAACAGAAUAUAGGGUCAGACUCCUGAUGGAGCCUUUCAGAGUAAUUGCCAUUCUCCAUCUUUUUUCUUUCUUUUUUUUAAUUCUCCAGCUGUAUUGGUUUCAGAGACAGCCUAGAAAUCUGUGGAGUUCAGCUGCUGCCAUCUCAAGAUAUGCUGAGUCUUCUUCAGCACCCCGUAAAUAGCAACUUGCCUUGUUUCUGUGCCCUUGCCUCUGGUGUUCACAUAGUCUCUCUCUCUCUUUACUCUAUGCCACUGUUCUUCUUUUUGGCUUCAUUUCGAACAGUUUUCUAAAAAAGUUAAAGGUGAUGCUUAAAGCAAGAACACUGAAAAACAGAAAAGAAUUACUAGGUCUAUGGAAUCUGUAUUGUUGCUACAGUCCUGCAUGCAUUACAGAUUUUCUGCACAGAAUACGAAAUAGCAUUAAAUUAGCAUAUAGAUUGUUGCAACAUUUUUUCCAUUUCAUAAACUGAGGCAAAAUACCAUGUUGGGAGCAUGACAAUCUAUACUUGCAUUGCCUACAAUUACCUACGUGGAUUUGAUCCGCAUGUAGGAAACCCAUAAUGUUUGGAUAUAAGUGGUCCUCUAUUAUUCAUGCACAAGUCCCAGUUUAAUCAACGGCACUGACCUGCAGAUAACUUAUGGCAGGAUUGCACAAAGAUUGUUAUAUAACUUUGUAUUUAUGGUCUUGGGUGAUUGCCUGUUGUGUCUCGUGCAGUGGAACUGGUUCUCCCUAGAAUAAUUUGUAGCACCAGUUCUUGCCUUGACAUAGCAGGUGGUGGUUUUAGAAUAAGAAGAGAAUCUGAUGACAAAGAAGACGAUGAAAUCUUGAGGUUGGAUGAAAACACACACCACCGAACACAAAAGAAGCAUGUUAAGGACUGUUGUUCUGUUCAGCUGGGAUAGGCCAGCACUUGCCCAUGCCCAACCUAGCCCAGAUCCAGCCUCACUGUACUCUGUGAAAUUCCUUGUUGUUGAUGAAACUAACAAUUAUUCUGUAAAUAUAAACUAUGCAUUUGAAUCAUUCUCAACUUGGUUUGAGUUUAUUGAACCAUACAUUGCUUUAACAUCUUUCUGAACCAUGUGGAGAACUGCUUCCCACAUGAAGUUCUACCCAGAGAGUUGCAUUAUAAGUGGUGUGUGGUGUGGGGAGGUGCUUUUCAUAUAUGCUAUGGAAAAAAAUCCCACAGUUGAAGAAUUGUCCUACAUUGUGGGUCCAACAGUCAAGAAGCUGGUUACAGCAUGUACUGUAGAAGGAUGUGAGGGGCAGAUGGGGCUCGUCAACCUGGAAAGGCAGCCCAUCUAGGAGAAAAAACCACUGCUGCCUUGUGGGAUAUAUUUGAGGGGAAAAAAAGUCUAAGGAGUAAACCCUACACAAAUCCAGAGUGGAGUCCCUAAGACGGUUGGAUGGCACCUUGUAUACCUCCUUCCGUAUAGUUAGAGCUAUGGUUUUCCCAGUAGUGAUGUAUGGAAGUGAGAGCUGGACCAUAAAGAAGGCUGAUCGCCGAAGAAUUGUGGUGCUGGAGGAGACUCUUGAGAGCCCCAUGGACUGCAAGAAGAUCAAACCUUUCCAUUCUUAAGGAAAUCAGCCCUGAGUGCUCACUGGAAGGAAAGAUCCUGAAGCUGCGGCUCCAAUACUUUGGCCACCUCAUGAGAAGAGAAGACUCCCUGGAAAAGACCCUGAUGUUGGGAAAGAUGGAGGGCACAAGGAGAAGGGGACGACAGAGGACGAGAUGGUUGGACAGUGUUCUCGAAGCUACCAACAUGAGUUUGACAAAGCUGCAGGAGGCAGUGGAAGACAGGAGUGCCUGGCGUGCUCUGGUCCAUGGGGUCACGAAGAGUCGGACACGACUAAACGACUAAACAACAACAACAACAUACCUCCUUCUGGCAACUCCUAUAGGCAAGCUGGUGCCAAAUGUAUUGCUCUGCUUUCCUUUGGACCACAUCAGCAAGGCUGAGAGGGGAGUCUUGUCAUUUAGGUAGCCCAGGACCUCCAUGCACACUGCCAAGGCUUGCACCCUGGGAAGGUUACUUCAGUGCUGCUAACGCGGUGGUUUGACCUCAGCCCUGUAGGGGCAUUAAUUGUCUCUCGAGACAGACAGAUGCCAACAAAAAAGAGUCAGGAGUACAGACUCUUAAAGCAAGCUCAUUAUUUAGUAAAAUGGUAGGGAAUUUUAUAUGAAUAAACUUUAAGUCCACCCUUUCACAUUUGAUUAUCCUUCUCUGACAGACUGGAACAUAAAUAUUUAAUUAAUGCCAUGUGACAGGUUGGCAUCAAAAUAAUGAAAAAUCAGCAGGUUGCUAUGGAUACAUUAUAGAAGUGAUUAAUUAACCAUUUGCAACUUCAAGGGAGUUUUUCAGGAAAUAAUGAACACCCAAGUGAAGUUGUUGUAUUCAUCUGUUAAUCCUACUGGGUUAUUUACGUACCUCUCUUCAAUACAUAUUUAAUCGUAAAAAUAUAUUUUGAAGAGGGUGAUGGUUGAAUAUGUGUAUUUAUCAACUGAAAGCAACUCUGCUAAAUUCAAGUUGUAACAAAAGAUUGGAGAAUGUUAAAUGGAACAAAGCAUGACAAGUACAAUGCUGGAUUUAAUGCAGGGCAGAGCGGUGUGUGUUUGGAAGAGAAUUAUAGGCUUGCUAUAGCCAAGCUAUGAUUCCUGGCUAAGGUCACCUGUGCUUCUUAUUAAUCCUAUCCCAUACUGAAUAUUACAAUGGUGUCACCAGUAGUGGUACUGCUAGGGCAGAGGACAGGGAGGCAAACAGUAGGUGGAAGCAGAGUUUUGUCAGCAUCUUCCUCCUUGCUAAGUUCUACAAAGGUAAACCUAGACCAAUGAGGAAUCUGACAGCCAGGUCCGCCCUUGGACUGGUUGUGCAUAAGGAAGCAGGCUAGCUCAGACUGAGGUUGGUGGGGCAGUGUCCCAUUUGCCCUCAUGGAGAAGUUUCCAUUGCCUGUCACAUCCCACAGAGUAAAGUUGCCUUGGUUGUUCUUUUGUGUUAUGGCCCUUUUAAAAAAACAAGCAAACCGAAGCUUUAUUGGGUUUGCUUUAGAAUACAUGCAAUGUGAUGUUAACUGGAGAUUAUUCUACUCUUCUUAAAAGAGUGGCCAGUUUGAACUGACUCUGAGCUGUUUUGUAAUGUCUAAUAUUAAUCUGCACAUGCCAAACCAAUUUAUACAGAUAUGUGGAUUAGAUGAGAUCAAAGUCCUGCCCAUCUGGAGGUUGCAAUUUUGCUUAUGGUUUUAGCUGUGUGUUACGUGCAAUUUCUCUAUCUGGUUUUCAUAUAAAAAGGUUUUUGCUCCCAGAUUUCUCAAGGUAUGAGCGAUAUAAGCUGCCAGCGAGUCUGCUUGAAUUAUCUGUUUGAUAUUAGGAUGGUUUCAAAAUGAGCAACUAAUUUCCAUAUAAAAAUGGAACACAUGUAUGGGCUCUCCUAGGCUGCUACCUUCACCCGAGUGUGAAUACCUGGUACAAUGUAUGGAGAAGGCUGAAGAAGAGAUGCUGAUUCAUGUACAUUCAUCUAGAACCUUAGAGCUGACUUAGAGCUCCUGGAACUAGAACUCAUAUUCUGUGCUUCAGUUUAUGGGGCUUACCAGUGGCUUCUAGAAUUUUCUAUAGCAUGAUCCAGUGCAGUGUGCUAGUGCAGUGCACUACAGUGCACUUGUAGUAUUUUAAGAGUGCUCCCAGCAAACCUUUAAGCUGUUUUUAGAAUUCAUGUACAUUUAAAAGAGACAGCUUGGGGGAUUGGCAUGAAAGUUGCCUGUUGGGAAAGUUGCUGAAGAAAUAGUCUGUCUUUAUUGGCAGCUCAUGUGAGAAUAUUAAAAGUGAUAUUGGAGUUCACUGCGGAUAAGGGAAUAUUUAAAACAACCCAUUUAAUUUAUGAAUCACUCUUCACGAAACAUCCCAGAGUGAUGAAUCAUAAAAACAUCAUAAAGCAUCAAUAAAAAAAAUGAAAACAAUUUCAGAUCCAGUACACAUGCAUAUACAUAAUAUCCAUUGAAAGGCUUAGUUGUGCCUCAGAAACUGCAGUGAAGCAUGUGCUAUUUAAUUUGGAAUAGUACAUUAUCAAGGGGUUUCUAGUUAUCUCAUUUGCCUUCCUCAUUGCCUAUGUUUGUUGCUUUUCCCACAGGGAGAGAGGCACAGCGAAGCACACCCCGUUUUCUGGACUGGGCCUUAUCCCUGUUUACUGGAGUGAUGUACAUUGCCAUGGCGAUGAAGAAAACAUCUUACUUUGUGAAAAAAGUGUCUGGCAGGAUGGAAUGUGUCCUCAAAAUAUGGCAGCUGCUGUUGCAUGUGGCUUUUCCCAUGGUAAAAUACAAGUACACAUACAUAAUUUCAUUUUGCGUUAUGUAAACAGCAUAGUUAUCUUCAGAGACAAUUUAGUUUAAAAUAGCCUUGUUGAGAACAGUUGGUGGUAAAGUAGUUAAGGGUGUGCUAAAUAAUGGCGUCAUUAUUCUCCUCCAAGUCGUAUUUAAUUGAGGCCUAAAUACCUUUUGAACUAGCUGGAAUUAUUCCACAAUGGAGAUUUUGAAGUCAGUAUCACAGCAUUAAUGCAGAAGGUUUUGUAUUCAGGGAUUACGAUGAUAGUUUCAAGGACUCCUUUCUCUGUUCUUUGGUCCUUGAUGGUUUUCACUAGCCUUUUAAGGGACUCUUCAGAGGAAGGAUGGACAUGUUGAUAACAACAUUUCCUUCUGGGGUUUUCUGGCAAGGCCAGUGAUGGGCAGGGCCAGAGUGGGCAGGACUGGACUCUACAGUGACUAGGUCCAGAGGCUAAUGUUGGUGGCCCACUGCCUUCUCUUUCUCUCUGUCUCCCUUUUGGUUGUACCUUCCACCACUUUUCCUCCUCCUUUUACCACCCACAUGAAAUUGGUCUGAGAACCACAUAAGAUUGGGCUGAGGACUGUCUGUGUCCCUAUGGCUGCAGUUUGACCACCUGUGGCCUAUGUAAUGAUUGCCCACUAUCUUCUUGUCUGAGUCCUUCUACCUAAAGGUGUGUUGUGGUGUUUCAGGGCACUUGCCUGCACUCUAAACUGUGUAAUAGAAUGGGUAAAUAUUUGUGAGCUUCCUUAAUACCUUUGAAGUUCUCUGAGCAUCGCUAAAGCAAAGACAAAAUUAAGCUGACCGGCACAAUUCAUUCUCUCUUGAGAUCUAGACAAAAGCAGUUCAAAGCAGAUCCCUUAAAGGUGCCCAAGAAUCAAACCCCAAAGCCUGUAAAAAAAAUAGGGGAUUCCACAUGGCACACAGCACUAUUCAUCAAUGGAAGGUGGAACACUUAUGAGGCUCACAUUCCUGCUUGCAAGAUGACAUCAUGUCUCCCUGAACAGCUGCCUGCACCUCCUUGGGAAGGCAUGCCUCACCCUUUGAGAAUGAUGCCUCCAGAAUACAUUGUGUGCAUAUAUGCGCUUGUCUAGGCCAAAAAUACUUGCUGGUGUUGCAAUUUGUCACCUUCUGAAAAAGUGCAUUCUGUACUUUUUUCUCUUUCCAAAUGAAACAUCAUGAUUGAUGAUAGUCAAACCAUUCUGUUCCUCAGCGAGUUUGUCCAGCUAGAGGAGUGUACAGUACUGACAUCCUUAAUUAUGUUACUGUAUAGGAACUGCACAGAUAUGCAGAAUUUUUUUAGGGCUGCUUUAUUCUUUAUCAGACCAUCGUACGAAGAGCCUCUGUGGCAUCUUUUUCCAGCCUCCAGUAUAUUUAUAUAUAGGAGCAAAAAUGUAAUGCAGAAAAUGAUUGUUUCCUAAGGUACUGUAUAGGGAAAAGAGAGCUCGCUGAGUACAGUGAAUUGAAAAAGUCAUGUGAGCAGGGCUAGUCUGGGCUAUGCUUAGAAUUCUGCAGGUUAGUUCUUGCAACUACUUUACCUAUGAGCAAUCCUAACAUUUCCUUAGCUACAAGCAGGCCUUGCAAUCCCAUGGAGAAACAAGUUACAAAAUGGGCUGUAUGCAUAUAUAGCCAGCAACUAUUUCCACAGGUCAGGAGCUCUUUUUCUAGUUACUGUCACCAUGUGGAUUGCUUCAGCUGUAUAAAUGCACCUUUUGGUGUACAUGGACAUUGCUCUGUGUGAGUGUGUGCCAAAUCAUAGAUUGGGGCUGCCUGCAUGGCUCUGAACACAGCAGUGUUGCAAACCGAAGUAACAACUCUCUCGAGUAAGACACAGUUGUAUGCAAUCUUGUCAUUUGGCUUGUGCAAUAGAACUUCCCCUUUCCUAUAGCCCCCAAUAUACUCUCAGAAUCUGCUCUAGAGGGCUGGAGGACUCUCCCAUUAAGUUCUUGGGAAUGCACAGACAGAAGAGAGGAAGGGGAAGGCCUGCUGUGCAACCAGAACCUGGCUUUUGCAGCACUGGAUAAAACUAUGUUUUUAAAUGAAACCCCAAAUUUUAAUCAUCAAAUAAUGCAGAAGACUGAGGAUAAUACACAUGACCCAAAGUAACAGAAUGUACAUAUGGAAGACCCUGGUUAAUUUGUUGCAAACAGAGAAGGAAGCACAAGGGCUUCAUGCUUUCAAUACUUCCAAAUUUCCAUUUUGACCAUCACAGAGAAGGUGUGAUUCAGUGAUAACCAUUGUUGAGAAUGCUUUGCAGAGGCAACUGGCUAGCCCCUGUUUGAAACUUAAGUUCCUUUAUUGUUAUUCAGUUAUAAGAAAGGAUCACUACUGAUGGGGUUUCCUUCACAUCUGUCAAGUUUAGGAGGUGUGGAAUUCUUAGUUUCUGUUUCUGCAGUUGAAAUUUCUGCUUUAGAGCUGCAGGAAUUAUUAACACUCCAGGCAUGCUGUUGCAUUACGCUGUUAGUGAUCUGAAAUGAGUCUGUUCAAAUUACAAAGCCUUUGCUGUCCAUUUGGUAGCAGCUGAUCACUAAUAACUGGGAAACGAAAACUUCAUUUCCCUCCCUUCCUUAUGUGUUUCAUUUCAGACCCUGAUUUUAUCCCAGUCCGACUGGUGGAUGGAAGCAGUGCUUAUGAAGGAAGAGUAGAAGUGUAUCAUGCUGGCCACUGGGGAACCAUCUGCGACGACCAGUGGGAUGAUGCGGACGCUGAGGUAGUCUGCAGGCAGCUUGGCCUUGGGUUAGUUUCCCCACCCCAGUAUAUUGUAUUCAGUUCACUGCCAAUGAAUUGAGAUGCAAAAGCAAAGUCAAAUGCCUGCACCAUGGUUUGAAAUGGAUCUGAUACUUAGGACGGCUGAACAAGCAGCAUCACUUGAGCCAAAAUAGAGUCUCUUGACCACCUCAGUGUGUAACUAAACGUUGCUGAUAAUGUGUAGACUCUAAGCUAUCUCAUGUUUUGUUCUCCUUCUCUUCCAUGCAACUUGUAGGGAUAGUCCGUGUGUGGUGUGGUGCCACAGAUGUCACUUGCAGGAUCAUCCUUGCCAUCAUUAAGUGCAGUAGCCCAGUGUGGCUUAUUUGCAUGACAAUUCUCAGAUUUGUUCCGCCAUGAAUUUCAUGUUGACUGUAGGUUGUAUAUUGGAAGUAAUCAGGGGAAUUCACACAUGAGGACAGAUUUGAACUCAUGCCUGAGAGCUGCACAGGGAGCAGCCCCCUUGUGCUCAAUAGAGCUUCUGAGGCCAUUUUCUAAACACUGCCCUCCACUUCUGAUGUUCAGCAUGUUGCUCCUGAUAUUGGGAAUCUUUGGUUUCCAGUAUGGAGUGAGGACUGCAUCUGUGUUGACGAAAAGAGAGACAAAGGUUCAUGCACUUGCAGCAUCACUCUUUUGAGCCCAGCCCAAAUAUACAGUUAGUGUGCCACAGUUUGUUGGUAAUUUGUAAUUUCGAACACAUGCCACAUGCUAAAGUAGAAUCACAUUUACCUUACUUUGAGGUUGACUAGCUUGCCUCUGUCCCAUGAGUUUAGUAAAUUAUAGUUGCCAUUAAAUAUUCCCUAUCCACAUGCUUUUAUGGGAGCCUAAGGACUAGGGAGCUCAAGAAGAAAAAGCAAGAUGCCUUAGCAGGUAGGCUCAUCAUUCCUAGACUGAAAUUUACCAUGAGAGGAAAUAUAUACUGGCUGGGGAUGGAUGGGCUAGGAAGAGACGCCAAGCUGUGUAUAUAUGUAUAUCGUCUCAGUUAAUCCAGCUGGAAAUGUUCUGCAAAUUAUAAAAUAAAGCCUCUUGGCAAUGACCUUCCUAUCCUCUCACAGCUUUCACUUGGCAUUACUGUGCAAUAAAACCCACCAGGAUUAGUUUGCCAGUGACAAGAAGAGAAUACUGCUCAUCUAAUUAAAUACUUUCUGUAUGCUAACCCCUCCCCAUUAUAGCAUAUGGAUUUCCAGCCUGUGAGGCACUGCAUAAGUAUAUUUUCAGCAGAGCAUGUAGAAUAUCCAGAGUUAGUCAUACUCAGAAUGCACCUAUUGUAACGAGUGGAGAUUAAGUCCUUUUUGUAUCAUUGGGUCUCCUCCGACUUAGUUGGACAUCAUCACACAUCUUUGAUAUAUUUUUUCUUCAUUCCACUGAUAUAAUGAUUAUUUAAAUGAAAUGUUUUUGAAAUGUUGGUGUUACAGUGUGGUUUUGAUCUGCAUUGUUUUACUGUUUUGAUUCUUUUUAACAAAUGUAAGCUGCUUUGGGCACACAUUUUAAUGUGCAUGGAAAAGUGAGAUAUAAAUUAGAAAUGAAAAGGGAUGCAGUGCAAUGUAAGUCCCCAGGACACGACUAAACAACAACAACAACAACAACAACAACAACAACAACAACAACAACAACAACAAACCACUGGCAUUAGUGGUGGCUUUCUUCCUACUGCAAAUAGGAGUUUUGGGGGAGCAAUUUUCAGCAAGACCACAGCAGGGGAGGAAACGCCUAAAGUUCCCCUUUCUGUUUGCUGCAGUAUCACCCCCGGUAGCUGCCAGCUGCAUUUUUUAAAAUAAAAAAAUGCAUAUUUAGUAUGUCUUAAUGUCUAGUUUGGCCUUUUGUUUCAUAUUUUCUGGCAGGUGGCAAAAGGAUGAUAUGUUUUACUCAGUGAUUCAUAAACUCUGCAGGUGUGACAUUGAGGGUUGUUUCCUUGAUGACCAAAAGAGGCAACCCCCAAAAAAACCCCUCUUGAGGAAACAGUCUGAUGUAUUUGCUUUAAAUUGUAAGAAACAAGAGCCUUUCUUCCAAAACCAGAAUCUAUUGUCCUUAUAUUAAAUUCUCUUUGUAAAUCACUGUGAGACAUUUUAAGUUUUUAUUAUUGAUGUGUUGUUACAACAGGAAGCACAUUCUUUCUUGCUGAAUUAUCUAAUUUAUCUCUGUUUUGCUGAUCCUGUUCCCUUAAUCUAGCACCAGCCCUUGUGUCUGCCAGGUCCUCUGAGUUUACGAUACUCACUUUUGAUAAUCUCAACCUGCUUUAGGCUGUGGGCGAAGGAGAUGGCCAGAUGUCUUAUAAACAGAUUGAAAAACCGCAGCAUAUUUUUAUGAGUCAUGAAGGACAUUAAGAUAGAAGUUUUUGGGAAAGUAAUCUAAAAAGAAACCAUGGUGUGCAAAGCACUGUUAUGUUAAAGGCUGGAUUUUUCAACUAUAGAUGUCGUAAAUGAGUGUCUGGUGUUUUAUAUACAGAAUGAACUUUGCUUUGUACUCUCCCUGUUUUCUUUACACAUGACCAUGUUCUUCCUGCUUUUUUAGGGUAUAUCUCCUUUAUUGUCUAUUAGCUGUUUGUUUCAUUUUGGAAAAAAAUAUGCAGAAAUAGUCUUAUUUUUGUCUUCUCCAUACAAUUGACUAAAUUAAAGAAGAACAUGGGGUGGAAUAUUUAUUUUGGUUCUGUUAUGACAGAACUGCUCUAAUUUCCUGAUAAAAAUGUACACAUUUAAUUGGCAAUGCAAAAUCUAUCAAAGGGUUCUUUAGGAAAUAAGCAUCUUAAGUAGCCACUCUGUUCACCUACUUGGAUCAAUAUUGCUUUGGAUUGUAGUAUGUGUACCAAAGCAAUACAAACCAUUUCAGUAGCUAAUUUAGAGGCACUUUCUGACCAUUUGCCAUCAUUGAUUCUCUGUUUGUUCAUGUUUGUGCAGGGGGGUUGCCAAGGCAUGGAGCCAGGCUUAUUUUGGAGAAGGCUCAGGUCCUGUGCUGUUGGAUGAAGUGCGUUGUACAGGAAAUGAGCUGUCUAUAGAACAGUGUCUAAAGAGUUCCUGGCAAGAACACAACUGUGGCCACAAAGAAGAUGCAGGAGUUUCCUGCACACCUCUAGCAGGUAGGCAGCAAAGGUUGCUGAAGUCUUAGAAGUCUAUAGAUUUUGAAUCAAGAUGGAAUGAAGCCAUGGGAUGUGGGGCCAAGUCAGAGUGACAUUUCAAUGUAUAUAGUAAAGUCAUUUUGGGAUUAAAUUAUGAAGUUGGAUAAAAGCAACAAUGGGAAAUGUGCCAGUAUUAGGGCUCUCUCCCCUUUUACUUUUUCAUAAAACCUUGCAAAUUACUAGUGUCUAGCUGUUUAAUGAAUCUGUUCCAGCACAUUUUAUAGCACAGAUUCUUUCCCCCGAAGUUGCCUCUUAAACACUACUGGCUCUUAUUUUUAAUGCUACAGAUGGUGCCAUCAGACUGGCAGGUGGGAAAGUCAGUCAUGAGGGACGACUGGAGGUGCUUUACAACGGACAGUGGGGCACCAUCUGCGAUGAUGGGUGGACUGAACUGAACACACAUGUGGUUUGCCGCCAGCUGGGCUUUAAGUAAGGUCCAUUUAUGUGAGGAGGUUAAUUACUUUGCAGAUCACUGCUGAUAAUUUUCUGCAAAAUGCUAUUGUCCAGAAUUUCACAGGUGCCCAGUUAACUUCACUGUUAUGUCCUAAUCAGGAGUACAUUUAUCAGCAGUAAAACAUUAUUGAAAAAAUUCAACUAGGAUUUAAAGAAAAAUGGUUAGAUUAAGAAUCUUAAUUAUCUUAUUUUUGUCAAAAAAAAAUAAACCCAUUUCUUAGUUGUCUUUGGUUUGGGAAGGGGGUGCACUUUAUCAAUUGAAUCAGUUUGCUACCAGUCUCUAGUUCAGCAAUCCAUGUCUGAAAACAGUCCUACUAGAACAAAUGUUUAAAUUGCCAGCAGAGCAGGCAGGUGCCAAUUUUUAAAAUGGGAAUUGAGAUAAUCUGGGCUGGUGCAGACAUAGCACUGAGCAGUGCUGUGGUAUUGUUCACUCCUUCCAACAAAUCUAACUUUUGUAGUGUGUGUAUUUCAAAGUUUUAUUUGCUGUAUUAAGAAGGAACUCAGGAACGUUGUUGUUGACUUAAAUCUGAUUAGUCCUGGGAGGGAGGAAGAAUUCACACCCCAGAAGGAAAGAACAUGGAAAGUGUAUGUACAAGGCAAAGUGGUCAGCAGGAUUAUAUCUAUAGCAGCCUUUAGUGUCAGAGGAUGAAAUAGAAUUCUGCAUAUUGUGUCAAAUGAGUGGUUAAAUGCUCUGCUGAAUCAGGGCCUUUAAAAAGUAAAACAUCCAUGGAUUUCUAGCAACAAGAUUUAUUUAAAGGUGGUGGACACUGGACAAUGUUACUCAAAAUAAAAUGGAUGCUAAUUGAAGUUGAACUUAAUUGUGCUGUGUGCACUGGAACUGUUAUUACAUGAAAUAUUAUUGUUUGUUUUUUAUGUUGUUCAUAUGUUCAAUACCUCACUCACAUUACAAGUGCCAAUCUAUCUAUGUGCAAACAGGAAUGGGAAAAGUGUCUCAGAACACUACCCAGAAGAGAACAUUGGACCCAUCUGGCUGGAUGAUGUCAGCUGCUCAGGAAAGGAGUCUGCAAUCCUCCAGUGUUCAAAGAGGGAAUGGGGAAAGCAUGAUUGCAGCCACAAAGAGGAUGUUGGGAUAAGUUGCUAUAGAGAUAACGACAGCCACAGAGCCUCACUGGGUAAGCUCCUCUCUGUAGAUGCAAGCUUGGAUACAGAGAACCAAGGGACCCCAAAGGUGCUUUAGUUUUGUGGUUCUUGAGCACCAGUCCAUCAUGCCACAUAGCAAAUCUUUUUGGGAAACUGAGGCUGCUUCUGAUAUGGCACAGGGAUGUGCUGUUUACAGGCAAAAAGUCUGAACUUUUGCUGGGCCUAUGGAAGCCAGUGAGUAGCCCUUUGAAUCUUGGCCACAUUCUAGCUAGAAGAAGAUACAAAGCAGCUUUCAAGAUUGGAAACAGAGAAUAGUUAUACUGAGUAUCCAUUUAAAAAAGUUAAAUCUGUUAAAUUUAGAAAGGCAAGGAAGGAGAGAGCUGCAAGAGCAAUACAGAGCAAUGUCUACCUAGUACAGGACCAGGCUAUUUGUCAUGUAAAUAGAGGACAUUUUUAAUCUGGUUACCAUAGGCUUGUUCUGAAGCAGCUGAGUACUGGAGUAGCUGAGUUUUUAAUUUCACAGAGAACUAGAGUAUUUUUCUAGUGAAGCACAUGCACAGCCCUUGGUAUGGUUGUAAUGGUGAACUCCACAUACUCAAGUGUGACAUAUAAAUAGGCAUGUGAAUAAAUCCUCCCCAUAGAUAUGAGUUUUCGGACAACUUGCAGAUUGAAAAAUUGUAACGUGAGAAGUGUCUGGGAAGGAACUAUAGUUAGUCCAAAGAACAAGGGGCUGAGAUCUUUUUUCUGCCAAGGGUCAGUCUUCUACGCAAUGCAUGCUAUUGAUGGACAGGGCCAGAUCCAUGGAGUUUGCAGAAUUGCAUAGCUCUUGUGCACUCUCUCUGCCAGCCCAUUCACCACUCUCUUUGCCACCCCUGCAAUAGAGAGCAGAGCAAAUGAUUGGCAAGCAGAAGGUCCUAGGUUGAAACCUUGGCAUUUCCAGUUAAAGCAUUAUGGAUAGCCUGACUAGGAAAGACCCCAUACCUGAGGCCUUGGAUGCUGUCUAUCACAAGAGACAGUGCUGGGCAAAUAUGGACCAAUGAAGAGAACUUCAUAUGUAUAAUAUAGCUCAACAGCCAGCUACAGGUGUUUAAAGAACCUUGACUACCCAACCCGCAAGAAUGGAAAUGAUUGAUCUCAUUUAUCACCCCAGUUUAUGAGGAGGGAAAAUAUAGGUUUCACCCUAUGUUGGGAAAUGGUAAACAGAGUCAAAGAACAGCAUUUCAAUGAGAAGUAAACAUAGUGAUGAAGAUUAGACAGCUUAUAAGGAAUUUAUUUAAGAAUUGCAUCAUGUCUUUCAACUUAACAAAGAGCUCUAUUAAGUAUAUCUUGGUACCAUACCAACUUUAUAACUUGAGGCAUACUGUUAAACAAAUUAUAGUGUUUACAGCAUUAUUGAACUAGAGUUUCUUUCCAUCUUGCAUGCUUUGCUAAAUGAAUUUCCAGUCAUAUUAUUUUUGCUAAAUGAAUUUCCAGUCAUAUUAUUACUCUUUCCCUCAUCUCUUUUCAUUGCUGUUCUUUUACACUUCUUAAUAUUCCAGAGCUUUUAUUACACCAGCAGUAUAAUGUAAAUAGUAUUUCUGCGUGGGUGAGACAAUGAGAAUGGGAACACUUAAACCCCGAAUAGCUGGGGUUCAUAUCAUAGUGGCCAUUCACGUAGACACUAAGGGAACAUCUGUGCUGCUCUGUUCAUGAAACUAUGGAACUUAACCUGAGCUGGAAAGGGCCCAAUAUGGUUAAAUACUGCCAGAUGGUAAAAUUCCCUUUGGGUACCUGAAAAUUGUAUUAAUUUAACAGUUGUGAAUGAAACUUCCAAGUAGUAACAAGCUGGUUGAGAAUAAAAUCUGCUCCAUUUUACAGCUAAUAUCCUGUGUUGCUGCCCAGGUAAUAUGAGUAAAGUCUGAACUGAAAUUAUAUUCUUGUAGAGUAAGCAUUUCUGGAUGAUGACAAAAAUGAGGUGAAAACUUUGACAUUUUGGAUGUAGUCACUGAUGUUGCAUAGUAAAUUUGAAAGAGGUUAGGCGAGGGUCCUACAGAAGAACCACUGAUAUAAACAAAUGUUACAGUAAUUAGAUUAUUAACUAUUUUCAUAUCUAUUGUAAUAUAUUUGGAGGGAAUGAAUCUCAUAAACAGUUUCUGAAGUUUAAGAAAGACUUAAAAACUUGUAGAGUUGGAAAAAUCUGACAAUGCAGCUAGAUAAAAAUAAGCAUCAAGACUUGAUUUUUGCAAAUAUUCUUAAGAACCUAAGAAUUGCUUUUCUGGAUCAGACAGAGGGCAAAACAUAAAUGCCUGGCAUGCAAGCUGCAUCUGGAUCCCCCCCCCCCCGUAAUUAGUUAUGGCACAGGAACACAAUUGCCAGCAGGAGGUUUCCCUUCCUUCUCAGCAACAUUGGAAUGAAAAUCUGCCCCCACACCCCAGUGCAGCUUUGAUGCUUGAAAAGCCUUCCAUUGACAUCAACAGCCGCAUAGGAGGAUGGCUGUUUUCUUCCUGAUUUCAGCCAGGGAGGGAAGGAAUAAACCUUCUGCCUCCACAUGCUGGUCACAAUUGGGCCUCCCCCAGGGUUGGCCCUCCAAUGAGGCCUGGUGAGGCUGCUGCCUCAGAUGGCAGGAUCCCAUGGACAUUAGAUCUUGAUGUAGAGUUUUGUUCACGGCUAGCCUACCCAUGAGGCCAGGUGAUGCAGCUGCCUCAGGUGGCAGGGUCCACUGGGGCAGCUGAUCCCAAGGUCAAUAUUUCUUCCCCUUUUGUUCCUCAUGUAGAUCUUCCCUUGCCCCUUCAUCAUGGGUGUGGGAAAUGACAUUUUUGGGUCUGCCACAGGUGCCCAAAUGUCUUGGACCAGCCCUGGCUACUUGUAAUUGGUUAAACCAGAAAACCCAGAUAGGUAGCUUGCAAGCUAUACUUUUAGCAUAAUGUGCAUUUUGGCCCUAGGAGAGGACCCAUCUAGUUCAACAAUCCAUUUCCAAACAAAGUGCCAGCAAGCCCAGCCUUUCAUCCGUGGGAUUUAGCACGUGUAGACGACGUGCAGGGUUGCUUCCAAAUGAGUCAUUUUAAUGUGCCAAGGAACUGCUAUGAAUGGAUCCUUUCUUGUGUUGAAGCUGUUGUGUGACUUUUUCACCCUGUAGUCACUUUAGAACUUCAACCACGAUCACUGCACUGUGGCCAAGUGUAGUUAGAGCUGUGAGCUGGGUGUGCAAUGAUGCAGAAUGAGUUCCAGUCAGUCUGGAUAUACUCAGCCUGCAUAUGUUAAAAUGUAUUUAAUAAAUUCAAAGGCAAGGAUAAUGUGACAUUUGCUAUGUUUGAUUUCAAUAUGCGAGCAAUUGUUAGUUUCAUCUGUUCUUUCAUCUGUUAAUGCUCUGUUGUGCAUUAGGAAAAUGUAAUUUGAGCUGUUGUGCAACAAUAAUACAUUAUUAAUAGCAGAAGACCUUUCUAUGACACUGGCUGCUAAACUCUUGAGGAAACGUAAGGUUAGAAGAAAAUGUAUUGAUUGCAUUUAUGAGUUCAUCGAGUAAUGAUGAUCAGCCUUUGGCUGUAAAGGCCUUUGGGAAUUGGCAGUCUGCCAUACCGUUCUUCAGAGAAGAUUAAAGUGUAACUGAGCCAGUCAAGGUUUUCAAUUCCCUCUCACCCAAGAAAUGUUUGGUAGUGCUACAGAAAAGCUUCAAACAGGGGAGUGUCUUAGAUAUGUGCCAGGAAACAAACUACAAAACAAAGCAACUAUACCCGAUCACAGAACUGAAAGGGGUUUGAUUAGAGCAAUUAUAAUGUGCAUCUUCAACUAGGCUCUGCCAUAUACACCAGCCUUCCCCAACCAGAUGACCAGCCAAUAUUUUGGACUACAACUCCCAUCCCAUAUGCUGGCACUGGGUUGGGGGAGGGUGAUUUAGACUGUGCAUAGCUGACUGUAUGUUUGAGUAGCCACCCCCAUUAAAAACAGCAGCUCAUAUAGCAUGUUAAAAAGCCCUAGAAUUCCAAGCAGGAGGUUGUAGCAUAAACUUCUGGCUGACAUUCUCUCUUUGUCCAUGAAAGAGAGGAAUCAAGCUGUGAUCCACACCUGCCACCUGAAAGGUACAGUCUAGCAACAUAUUAUUAUGAAUUUGGGGGUGCAAGACAGCAUAAAGUCUAGUAUCAGGAUUUAAUUACAUUCUCCACUGAUACAGGAUUCUUUAAACUGGACACCUGUAAUCACUGUACUUUUGCUUGCAUCCGUGUCAAAAUAUGGUGCAGGAAUAUUUUUGCAAGAAAGUUAGCUUCCUGUGUUACAUUCCUAAAUCCUUCACAGACUCUUUAGUAACAUUUUCUCCCAUUCAGCCUGGGACCUCUAAAUUUGGAAAAGUGGAAUAGAUUUGGGAAUCAGCAGACUGUUCUUGUGGAUACCAGAGAGGAAAUUCAUUUCACAUUAGAUUUGCUGAACAAGUUGGCAUUGAUGUCAUACAAGUUACAAGACUAAAAUGCUUUCAUCACUGGUGUACAAACUUGGAAUGCUUGAACUUGAGCCCCAGUUGACAACUUUCCUUCAAUGUGAUGAAAAUUAGCUAGGGUAAUGGUUCUUGCUACUAUUGCUGUGUGUUAACAGCUGCAACUUAUUCCCAGGGCCUCCUAUCAGAUUGAUGGAUGGUGAAAAUAAGAAAGAGGGCCGCGUGGAGAUCUUUAUCCACGGCCAGUGGGGGACAAUUUGUGAUGAUGGAUGGUCCGAUAAGGAUGCAGCUGUGGUAUGUCGACAACUUGGCUUCAAGUAAGAGAAAUUAUUUAAUAGUCCUUAAAUACUUUAUCUGGUUUCCAUACAUUAUUGUCUAUAGAUUGUGCAAGUUCAUAGAAUUAAAUGUUGGGCCCCUCCAGACUGGCGUUUAUUGUGGUGUGGGUGUAUUUGGCAACAUGUUACUGACACAAUGAUAGUACAUUGGUAGUAGAUUUGUUCUGCUUUAUUAGUUAUUUUGUGAUGCUUCCCCAGUUCUAACACAUUCUUGCUGUUUGGAGGGGCUGAAGCACAACAAAAUUGGAUUAAAACAACAACUAAGAACACUCGUGGCAUGAAAAUUUGUGGGAUUUCAGCAGCAAGCUGCAGGAUUUGCACUGAUUAGAAAUGGAACUAGAUUCAAGUAGUAUUGAAAGCAGGGUCACAUAUGGUCACCCCAAUUGCAACAUGAGCACAAAUCAUUAUGCAAUGAAAAGUAUAUCUGGAGGAGACCAUUGACCAUUUAAUGUGCAAUUAUUAAUCUUAUUUUUUUAUUUAUUUAAUAUGACACCCUUCAUCACAGUUAGUUGGAUCACAAUUAAAUCUCAUUGAAAUCAAAUGCUAAUAUCACCCCCAUUUAUUUUAGUGGGCAUAAAGCAUGACUAAUUUAGUAUUGCUGCAAUCCAUGGUUUUUAUUUAAUUCUAUAACACCAUUAUUAGUAAGCUGCACUCAGCUCUGGUGAGUUAUCUGGGGUGGGGCUGUUUCUUUGAGCAACAGACCUCACUUGAAAUAUGACAUAUUUCAACUUGCCUUUAAAACUCCAUUCAGUUUCAAGACAGGACUUUACAUUGUGUUAUAAAAUAAAGCAACCUUCCUGAAGAGGUUAAAAUACUUUUCAUGCUGGAGCUGCCAAGUUGCUUGUCUCCAGCACGAUAUAAACAGAUUUUUGAAACUUGCCAAGAGUAUCAGUGUAACAGGCUUCAUAUGAAAGAAGCAUAAUGUAGUUUAUAUGUUGCUCAUGUGCCGCCCAUUAGAUUGAUUCAAUGCCUUCUGGUGCUUGAUCACAAACUGUAGCAACAUUUAUGGGGCAUUUCCAAACAACAAAAGAUGACAAGUUUAGUAGCAUGCAUGACAACACCAGAAGGCAUUGCUAGUAAUUUUGCCUGAAACCACAGGAAAAAUGACCAGCAGAUGUAGUACAAUUUGCAUUGUUAUUUUCAUCAUGGCGAGCAGACCAAGUUGCCCCCAUGUAUCACUCAGAGAAGGAGCUGCAAGGAAUAUGCUUCCCUUUCCCUGCAAGGAAGUAUACUGUGUUCCAACUGGUAGUUGUCCAGGGACUUCAAAGAUUAAGGGAAGCAUGUUUCUAUGUCUGUCACCAGCCAAGGCACUCUGGACUACUGAGAUGCUGCCUCCCCUGCUUUCCUGCCCCAUCCAUUAGCUACUUCAGUGCCUGCUUUCCUUUCACCUCCUAAUUCCCUUUCCCUUUCCAUUAAAAAUCUUUUUGUAUCAUGGCAAUAAAUUGUGAGCCUGCAGGCAAGGAUUGCCUUGUCUUUUAACAUAUAUAUACUGAACUUCUAAAAUCCUAAAAAGCAUAACAACACAGUUGUCUCUACCUUGUUUUCUGAUUUGGACAUAGCUAUAAUGCAAGAGUAUGGUCACAGGAUGCAUGACAGAAACUUUGAACAAGCUUGAAGUGUGAUUUAGCAGGAAAAUUACAUUUUGCUGUUCAAGGUACAGCACUCCCCUAAGUCCUGUGUGUCAGUCAAACUGCACAUUAUGUUGGACAUGUAGCCUGCAGCUGCAUAUGCGAUUUUUCUUAGUCAAAAGUAAGUGUGGAGGCCCAGGUCUAGAUCAGAAGCAAGGUGCAUGUGGAGGGGAGGUUUAAUCCUCCCUUUCACCCGCUGAAACUUCUACCUGCACCUGGCCCCAGCCCAGCCCAGCAGUUACUGAUAGUAAAACACCUCCCAUUCAUGCCCAUGGGGACUUCUUUACUAUCAGUAACAGUUGUGUGCAGAGGAAGGAGGAUUAAACCUCCCCUCCCCAUGGUAACUUUUGAGUAAGAAAAAAGUUGCAUAAAUAACUGCAGGCUACAUACCGUGGGUGGCGCUGUGGGUUAAACCACAGAGCCUAGGACUUGCCGAUCAGAAGGUCGGCGGUUCGAAUCCCUGUGACGGGGUGAGCUCCCGUUGCUCGGUCCCUCCUGCCAACCUAGACGUUCGAAAGCACCUCAAAAGUGCAAGCAGAUAAAUAGGUACUGCUCCGGAGGGAAGGUAAACGGCAUUUCCGUGCACUGCUCUGGUUCGCCAGAAGCGGCUUCGUCAUGCUGGUCACAUGACCCAGAAGCUGUACGCUGGCUCUCUCGGCCAAUAAAAUGAGAUGAGCACCACAACCCCAGAGUCGGCCACGACUGGACCUAAUGGUCAGGGGUCCCUUUACCUUUACCUUUACCUUACAUACUAGACAGCAGCGUGCAGACUACAUACUAAACCUCUGGUAGCGGCAAUGGGAGGAUAAUCACAUAGCGGUUCUAAUAAAAGAAAAAAAGUUGCAUUAAAACAAAUGCCUUUCAAAAUACCCUAAAAACAUAAUUUCAACCUGAAAUAGUGAAUAUAUUUAUAUCAUUGCUUACAUAAUUUUCUGGUUUGUUUUCUUGGCACAAUCUGCUGGUUGGAGUCUUAUCAGCUAUUCAGCAAUUUCAUGUCAUUUGCCAUGUAUGCAGCUCAUUUGCCCUCAUUUUUAUCUCAUACUAGAGUCCAUAAUGAACACCCUGAAUUUCUCUUACAUCAUCCUAAUGCUUAGUAAAGUUCAGUGAGUUUGUGUUGCAGGAUAUCCCUAUUAGGUUUUGUGCCAUUUUGAUUUACAUUGCUCAGGAAAGGAAUUUGCCUUGUGUUAUCUUGUCUUUCCCAUAGGACCAUAUUUAAUACAUGGUGAAGACUUUUCCUCCCUUUGUUUACACAUGCUAAUUUAUGCUGUGGGAAGUAAUAUUUCUUGCAAGGGAAAAGAGAGGAGUUUCCUUCUAUUUCCACACAUUUUUCUUGAAUGUCCAGCUUAGCAAAUAUAUUCCUUACUUUCACAGCUAGUGUUCAGUGUGAUCACCCCCAAUUUCCAGCUGUUUCUAGUUCAGAAGAACUGGGCCAGAUGCCUCCAGUCAUCAUCAACAUAUGAUAAACAAAACAGGCAGGGUUUAAGUUUGAUGCAAUCAGUUGCUGUUAGCUGAAUUUCUUAAGUGUGGUAGAAAGCUUGAGUAACUGAGUGCUUAAAUACUCAGGAAAAUUGUAUUAGAUUUUAAUACAAAGAGCCAGAGAAUUGCAGAAGAAGCAAAAGACUGGAUAGAAAUUCUUGUGCCUCAAUACAAGCUGAUAUAGUUUCCCCCAGGAAUGCUGUGCAUGGGAUUGUACAUGGCUUAUAUCUCAUGGGUGGGAUUCAGGGUUUUUAUUCUGCUCACUUUUUAUUCAGGGUGCCUGAGGAGAGUGCCAUUUGUUCUAUUCUACAAAUCUCUCUGGUGGUCAGCAUUCAGUACCACCAGAGAAUCAGUUGAGAAGCAUGACUGGUUUAUAUGGAGGUUAUAGGACAGGUUAUAUGACUUCCUAGUUAACCCCACACUUUCUAGUGCAUUUCCCCAUUGGUUUCCUUAACACAAAGUGUGGGCUUGUUGCACCAAUGUGUGCCAGAGUCCUUUAAGCCACUUUAAUUGAGCAAACUUAAAUGUUGCAGUAUGCAAUGGAAUCCCUCCCACAAAAGAGUGCAAGUCUGGCGGGGACCUAAGCUAAGCAUCUGAUGACAAUCUUGUUUUCAUGUGAACACUGAAACAUAGGACUGGUGUAGCUUCAAAACUGGCUUUCUUAAAUUCAGUUGAGAGACAGAUUGUGUAUUGCCAUGAAAUGCUGAAAAGUCCAAAAUGCUACUGUUCAUGCCACAUUUUAUUAAAUACAAUAAUGGAAAAAAGCUUGCCCAGCUUUGAGGAAAUGUGUAUAUAAUAAAUCCAUUCUCUUUUUAAAUUCCACUAUAUAUCACUUAUGUGGUCUAGGAGCUUCAACAUUUCCCAAGAAAAACAAUCUAAAGCAAACAAAUUCCUCACCUUACUUAUGGUGGCUCAGAUAUAAAUCACAGCUAUGUAUGGAAAACCUAGAGGGUCUUGAGGUUUCUUUAAAUACUCCUGAUUUACACUUGUGCCACUUAAACUGAAGAAAUUAACUUAUUUGGUAAAAAUCCAGAGAACAUGUCAGCAUGUAUAAAUACUUACAGUACAUUUAAUGAAUGAACCACACAAUCCUACUUGCAGAAGCCAGAAAUGGAACCUGGGACCUUUCACAUGCAAAAUAUGCACUACAGCUAAGCUACAGCCCUUCUCAAAAGCAUGGCUGCCAUGAAAAUUAGCAGCUCUGUGUCUCCUGACCCCCUUCCCCUCCAUGGCUAUUGCAUCUAAUCCAUGCCUCCGUAAGUUAGACAGAUGACUACUGUGGACAGAAUCUCUUCUGCACUGGCACCAAGACUGUGUACCUUCCUUUUUAGGCAUAUUUGCCUGCUGCCAUUAUUGUCAGAAGGCUAAACCUGUUCUAUUCAUCUGACUCACUGAUACACUUAAUAUUGAUUUUCUUAUCGUUGCUGUGAGUCUUUUACAUUUUAUGUUUUUCUGAUGUUUUGUUUUUCUUUCCCUGCUGUUUGGUUUUUCUGUUUCAUAUGUUCUCAAGUUGUUAGAUUUGUUUUAUAGUUGGUAUUUAUAUUGUUGUAUCUUUUGUUCAUAAGUUGGCUUGAGAAUCAAAAUGGUGGAAAGCUGAGGUAUAAAUAUUUUAGUCAAAUAGAAUUUACUUGUGUUCAGAUGUCAUGACACUUGGUGUCCCCACCAACCUCUGCUGUUGGCAGCCAAUGACAUGCUGCAUGCAUGAGCAAUUGCUGAAUGCCAAGACAUGCAUAAGUUCUACUAGACAAUGCAAAGGUUGAGAGUGGUGAUUAGACCAUGUGGAGGAGCUUGACGCAUGGCCACCAUGCAUUCACAUGAAUCAUUUGUCUUUGCUAUUCAAGCCCAAAACCCUCUUGAUCACGUAGAACUAACUGUAUGGCUCUGUAUUGUGUUCUUUGGCAUUAGAUUGUUUUUCUGGAAGAAUACUGAAAUUUGUAGAUUGAAUCAGUGGAAUGGAAAAGAAACAUUGGUUGCAUGCAUGAUUGCCAAAGUUUGGUAGACUUUCUAAAUAUUAAGAUGAUGAUGUUCCAUAAAAAAUAAAUCCAAGUAACUGGACUGAAAAAGCUUAUAGAUUUGGCUAUCUUCCUAAACCUCAGUUAAUAUUUUACACCUGUACAUUAGUGAGCUUGCUGUAGUCGCAGAUUAAUAUUUAUAGUGGGAAAAUGUAACAUAAAAUGUAGUAAGUACUUUUGAAAUCAUAAAAAUGUCAGCCAAUGAAAACAUGACCAAGACAUAGCAGCAAUGGAAAGAACAUGCAUGUGUUAAAUAAACAAGGUUAUAAAGUAAACAUUAUAGCACGAAAAGCACUCCUUUGGUGCUUUAAAUUACAUCGCCCUCUUAUAUGUGAUGGGGGAAUACCUGUGUAUAAUUUGGGCAUGUAGUGGAAAUUUAUUCUAAUACCAAAUGUUCUUUAUAUGUCCAUUGAGAACUCUUUAUUUUGAAUGUAGUGUUGCUCUCUAAAACUAUUGCAAUCUGCAUCAUGUUAUACUUUAGCCACCAAACAGUAUCUAACAGAGAGGAGCCUCUAUCUAGAUUAAAAUCAGAGUGAAGCCUGCAAUCCUGUAUAUAUUUACUUGGUACUAUGUCUCACUGAAGUCAUAAAAGCAUGAAUAGGAGUUGUUCAGCUCAAACAUGUCUGUCCAUGGUUUGCUUUGAGAUGCCUUAUAUGGUAGCCCAGCAAAUACAGCUGGGGCUUAUGAAGAAAUCCAUGUUACGUAGGAGUCUAUCUUGAGAUAACAUUGCACAGGAAACUCUAAUAACAAGGCCUCUUGUUCUAGCAUGAAAUGCCCCCAGGUUUUCAGAGUAAAAGAAAUCACUUUUCUUUAUUAAGCAAGAGCCAAUGUUGUUGAACAUUGCUGUGUUUCUGGAGAUGCUCCACAGGAUGCCGUAUUAAGCAAUUUGUAGUUAUCUGGAUUUACUCAACGGCCAUAUAUGAUGGUCAUUAGCAUGAAAAAUAAAUAUGGAAGGGCUCUGAGUCGCUUUGGUUUAUGAUAUAUAUGCAAUAAUAAGUUGUAUUUAAGGAUAGAUUAAGCAAUGGCUGUUCAAUAUGAACUAAUUUCCUUAUGGUACCCAAGGAAAUUGAGUUGUUAAAUAUCCUUGGAUGGAUCUUGAAAAGAAGUGCUUAACUUUGGAUCCCAGCAGUAGAUGUAACUUUAAAAAGGUCUCCUGCACUUUGUCACUGUCUGGCAGACUUAGCUCAUAUAUGGGGAAAAACAGCUGUCAGGGAGUUGAACAUUCCUUGCAAUAUCUGCAAUCUAUAUAAUUGUUCAUGUGUGAAGGGGGGUGAGAGAGAACUUGGAACAAGAAGAGGCAUGUAGUUUGUGGCUAACGAGUUAAACAAAUAAUCUUAGGUCCAUUUUGUGAAGAUGAACGGAUAGCGCUGCUUAAGGUCAUUGUUCUUUGGGUUUCCUUGCUAUACACAUGCAACUCAUUCAAAUUCAAAUUUCUAGGCUCUUUCAUUCUUUGUUAUGGACCAUUGGGGUUUUGCAUUUGUUUUAUUGGACUUUUGGUUAUCUAUUUGUCCCUUUUCACAAAUAAGUUUUAAAGUGACUUGCAACAAAAGUAACAUUCAGAAAUGUAAUACAUAGCAAACUUAUCAAUUAAUACAGUACAUCUAACUAAAAGGGUUCAUCCACAAUAGUCAAUUGUAUAUCUUGCCCCAUCCCAAAAAAGGAGGGACUGCUAAACUAGCCCCCGAAAUUGCAACAGUAUUGUUGGCCAAAUGCCUGGGAGAAUAAAAAUGUUUUCCCCUGGAGCCAAAAAGACAACAAUGUUGAUGCUAGGUGAGCGUCUUUGGGGAAAGUGUCCUACGAGCAGGGACUACUGAAAAAACACCAUUCUCCUUUGUUACCCAAGCCUCUCCAAAGGCCUCAGCUUAGUAGUAUUUUUAUCUGUAUUGUUGUUUUUAGUGUUGAACUGAUCCAAUUGACCAGGUGUGCUAACUCUAGGGGGAUGAGGUAUCUUCGCCCCCCUCAAUAUUUGUUGGAAGGGGGCUGGUCCCCUCAAUGUUGAGGGGGCAGACGAGGUUGAGCAUGGAGCCAAGUGCAGCACACCUUCAGUGACUGGCUCCCCCUUAGUGCUCGGUCUCCUCCAGACAUUGCGAUGACAUGACAUGACCUCACACAUUCGCAAUGCACGUUCGGGCCCUGUCAAUAUUGGGGACAUCUUGGUGUCUCUGCAGCUGAUUAAACUGUACAAAAUAGUUGCCUCUAAUGUUAGUUGUACUAGAAUAUACCCAUUUAAAUUUUUGCAGAACACGACUAGCUUAGGUCUAUUAAUUUCAUUGGGCCUACUCUUAGCAAAACUUAGUUGGAUACAACCAAUAUCUUCAUGUCCCAGGAACUGGUGAAAAUUUCAUCUUAUAAAACUUUUUAAUGGAGUGCACUGGAUUUUUGUUUUUAUCGAGGGUAUUUUAAGCAUGCUUCAAACCAUCAAGGCAUAUACUGUGGCACAAUCCUAUUUAACCUUUAUACGAAACUGCCAGAAGCUGUCAUCCAGAGUUUUGGGGAUAAAGUAUGUUGACCAACCCAGCUCCCUCUUGCCAUUCCAGCAGAAUCAGGAGAGGCUGUUUGUUUAAGGUGUUGGACUGAUACGUGGAAUCAGUAAUAGGCUGGAUGAAGGUCAGUAAACUUAAUAUGAAUCCUGACAAGGAGACACUGCAGAUUGGUGGCUCUGGGCAGCAGGCAAGCUACUUGCUCUGGAGGGGGUAGCACUCCCUCCCCCCCAAAAAAGAGCAGGUGUGUAAUUGAUUCCAACUUAUGCAGGUGCAGAGGGAAUGAUUUUUACUCUGUAGGUCAUACAGUUCAUAAUUUUAAGAGUUGAUAUAAGCCAAUGUAUUAAUUAUGACUAAAGUAAUACUUUGGCUUAUAUUAACUUCAUAAGGACUAAGCAAAAUGGCAUCUGCCCUUGAAAGGAACUUUUUUUUUAUAAGCAGUGCUGUCUGCGAUUGUAUAUUUUUUGGGGAUGGGAGGUAGCUUUCACCCAUAAAAACUGCUUGCAUGAUUUGCCUAAUAAUUUGCAAAAGUCAGCAAGUCAGAACGGACGUCUCCCUUACCUACAGUAGGGUUGAAUUUAUCAGCCUCUUGAACACUAAAAAAGGACAUCUGCAAUGCACAUUUAGAUGCUGAGAUUGAGAACUCUCCAUAGAACUGUGUGUUUUAUUCACUUAGAUAAUGUGGACAUCCUAAGAGAACACUAUGAUUGCAGCCUGGUUUCCUGUAUAGUAAGUGCCUUAUACUAAGGUUUAUAGCCAAUCUAGGAUUGGCAGGGACAGCAAAAACAUUUUAUAGUAUAUUUCCCCAACUUCAAAUUAUGCUGCGUUAUUCCUGGCUGAGAAACAGUGAAACUGUAAGAAUGAAAUAAUUUUAAUCCUGGAGUAUUCAUUUCUUUCUGAUUAUACAAGUUGGUUGGAAGUGGGUUUAAUAAUGUUGGCAGAUGACACAAGUCUUUGUAAAAGACACAUGAUGAAGCUUGCAGUGACCGAUGAGUACACAAUAAAUUUGAUUUAUAAUUGCUCUCUGGGAAAGCAGUGUCUCAUAUUAUAUCACAUUCUUCCCUUACAAACUGAUAAAUGUAGACUUGAUAUUACAGUAUAUGAUACCCAAACAUGGUUUAAGAAGCAGCUGAACAUGAAAAUGUUAGAUGUUGACCAAAGGAACAGCAUAAUGGGCUGGAUCCAGACAUGACUCCCAUCAGAAGUGGGGAGGUAACUUUUGUUGAUUUUAGACUAGAGUGGGAAUGGUGCAAAAGUUGACUUCUCACACUUUGCCACUGGAUCCAUGGACAGAAGGAGCUGUUCAGUUUGCAGAAGCUGAAGUAUAGCUACUCGGAUGAUAAAAUAUGUCUUCUUGUCAGAUACCUGUGACCUAGCUCCUACAAGCAACAGAUGAAAUGGGAAAUCUGUUUUUCAACUGUAGCGUUGCAAACUGCAGAUAGGGAUUGGCAUGUCUGAAAAGGAAAAAAAGUCCCUGCAUAUAGAAAACUGGAUGUCAGAAAGAAGGGUUCUCAACCAACUUUCUUCCUGGCAUAUUAAAUUUCUACAUGCAGGGGAUGUUUUGUUUGGAGGAGCAUUUAAACCUCUUGCAAGCUGAAGUAGUAUGCCUCAAACAUACGUUUAUCAUCUAAUCGGCUGCUUGUGGCGACUGGUGUUGCUUGUGUCAGUACAAAAUUAAAUGGGCUUUUGUUGGGGCCCUGUAUACUGCUUAUUAAUUAUUUGAUGUGCAAUAUUAAUGAUUUAUUUCUGAGUGCCUUAUUUGUAGUCAAGGUUUGCAGCAAAAUGUAGCAUAAGGAUUCUUCCCUGUCUGAACUAGUUUAGCUUCCUAGAAUAAUCACACUAUAAAAUUCAUUAUUUUUAACUCACACAGCUGCUGAUUUUAUGCAAAGAUUAAAUGGAUUAAGGAAAAUACAUAGCUUGUAGAUCCCAAUAUGUUGCAGUUGAACCAGUUUAUGUUGGAUAACAUUAUGAUGUAUGAAUACUGCAUAGUACUGUGCAAGGAUAUGUGAUGCUUUAUGAAACAGCCCUAAGAUCUGUUGGGCUAACAAAAAAGAAGAAGAAAAGUGCAAGAUCACCAACUGCAAUAUUGUAUUGACAAUGAGCUGUUAAUGCAGGUGGAUAUGUUGACCCAUUUCACACAUCAUGAUAAACUGUAGUUAAUGCUUAGUGUAAAUGCCCAAGAGGAUCUCUUCACAACACUUCUCUAGCCAGUAAGAGCAACAUAGCAUGAUUCCUGACUUAAGUGUUAUGGCCAAACUAGGGAUCAUGGUUUGUUGUGUUCAAACAAUUAAUAAGCAAAGAACAAACCUUGGUGUAACAAAAUAAGAUCUCUGGUUUGGAUGCAAUGCUAAGUGGGGAAUUGUGGUUUGUUGGACCUGCUGGAUAAGAGGAGAGGUGCAAAGUGGGGGCCUCUUGUGCAUUUAUGGUAAACUAUUACGGUAUUGGCCUGAAUAUAACCCUCACCUUUUCCCCAAAUUCUGACCAUGAAAAGUGACUUUUAUGAUAUCGCUGCUGAAACAGACAUAUGGUAGAACGGAAUGGGUGUGAGUGCCUGCAGAAUUUUAAGCGAGUGGUUUAUAUUCGGGUGCGGCUUAUAUUCAGGCCAAUACGGCAACUAUGGUUUACCAAUACUGCUACUGUCAUGACCAUAGCUGCUGUUUUUCUCAGUGUUGAUGGAUUUCAAGGAGUAGUUGGACUGGACAUCCUGUUGUGGUGUGGUUUGAUCUGAACUGAACUGUUGCUAUUAAUUUUCAAAACCAUUGAUAUGCCUACUAAUUACAGAUGUUUAUAUUUUCCUAUAGCAGGCAAUAUUAAAGAUGGAAGAUAAUUUCUAUUGAACCUCAAUUCUAUUGUUCCUGUAGUAUCUUAAUUAAAAAGUCACCUUUAAAAUUUUCCUGUUUCUAGAGGUUCUGCACGAGCAAGGACCAUGGCAUAUUUUGGAGAAGGAAAGGGCCCCAUCCAUGUGGACAAUGUGAAAUGUACAGGAAAUGAAAGAUCUCUUGCUGACUGCAUUAAACAGGAUAUUGGCAGACACAAUUGUCGUCAUAGUGAAGAUGCGGGGGUGAUCUGUGACUACCUUAGCAAGAAGGCACCUGCAAACAGUAAUAAAGGUGAAGUGGGUAUUAUAUUGAUUUCUUCAGUGCUUGCUGGAAGGAGAAAAAAAUAUAUUGAUGUGGAUUGUGUGUUUCUUUUUAAUAAAAAAGAUACAGAAGUAGUGGGUCAGCCCUAGUAAUGGCAUACAGAAAACAAGCCAACACUUGAAAUAGUGCUCUGCUGUUUCCUGAUGGGAGACUCUAAUGUCUAUGAUUUCAUUCCUGCAUAGAUUCUCUUUCUUCUGUGUGUGGUUUGAGGUUACUGCAUCGUCGGCAGAAGCGGAUCAUUGGAGGGAAAAAUUCUUUAAGGUAAAUGGAGCAAUUUUUAAAAAAUGAUACUUGGGCAAAAAGCUAUUAGCUUGGAUUCAAAGAACCAGAGUGUGAAAAGGCAAGGGCCUUAGCUCAGUCAUAGGGCACACACCUUGCUUGCAGGUGGUCCCAGGCUCAUUUCUUGUCAUUUCCAGGUGAGAUGCAGGGACAAUCUUGUUUGCAACAAAACAUGUAACUCAAGAAGAGCUAGUUUUAUUGGUUUACAAUAGGAGAAAAGACUGCCGCUUGCCGAAUAAUUUAUAAAUGUAAUCUUAAUUCAGAAUAUCACUUAACAAGUCUCAUCAGUUCAUGUCGCUGAACAGAUUUUGCAGCUCCUGCGGGGGAGAGAGGUAAGCUGCAGAACUACUGAAAACAAAGCACAAGAGAAGGUGCUGUAUCAAAGAGAAGGCUCCAGUUGCUACUCCACAUAGACCCUUAUAUUGCAUGGAAUAUUAAGUUGAAUUAUUUUUGUUCUCUUUCUAGAGGUGGAUGGCCCUGGCAAGUUGCUCUGCGCUUGAAAUCAUCCCAUGGUGAUGGAAGAUUGCUGUGUGGUGCCACUCUCAUCAGCAGCUGCUGGGUGCUUACGGCAGCACACUGUUUUAAGAGGUACCAUUGCAUGAUUUGCAGGUGGCUAUGUAUUGGUCAUUAGUAUAGGAAGGAGACCAGUGCAAGGAAGACAAAGACCCUACUGACAGUUAAUUUUGAGAUUCAGCCAAGAGCACUGCAUGUCCAGCCAUUCCAGGCCAGUGCAGAAACAUUAAUUGGGUCCUUCAGUCAGGAUUUGAAUUUGCUCAGCAGCAACCCAGUGAGACAGAGUAAAGCAUGACCAGUGAUCAAAACCAGGCUCAGUAUUGUAGCUUAAAUGAAUCAAUAGUAAAUGAAUAAAUAAUUUUAUUAGUGUUACAAUGCUUCACUUAAGGCAUAUAGAAAAUGUCAUUUUGAAAAUUGCAGAAAAUUAACUAUCAGCAGUGAAAUACAGUAGGAAAUAAUCCAUAAUAAUGACACAAUUCAUCAUAAUUUAAUUAGUUCAUAAACUAACAGUUGUAUUUACAAAUCAAGCAACCAGUUACAUAGCGCAACAGAACCGCCAGGUUCUCAAGGUACUAAGCAUUUUUAAAUAAAGUUGAUCAUUGCCAGUCCAGGACAGUAAGUUUAUAUAUUGUGCCUUUCAACUGGGCAAAAGCUUGUGACUGGCUGACUCAGUUACAAAGUCCAUGGUAAGUUCAAGCAACUGAUGAGUGGGCAGCCCUGUGGAGGAUGGUGGAGCUCAGCAUCCUGCCUUCUAAACAGAUCCUGUUCUCAAUCUGAUUUAGAUUUUGAAAUUCCCUUAACAGUCAACAACAUUGGGGUUAAAAAAAGAGUAAUUGUUUUCUUGCUUCUAGUGCAUAUAAAGCUAUCUUGUAGGUAACAAACGUUGGCUACUGGGUACAUUGGCCAGCAGGAAUAUCUAAAAUGUAUUUUAACAUAGCCUCCCGUCCGCACCCACUCCCUGUCCAAAUUCAGAGGAUCAGAAAUAAAGUGGAAGUUGAUGUAGUAGUUUAAAAUAACUUAAGCAUAGAUCAUAGAAUAUGUGUGAAGUGGAUCUACUGUACAAGCAUGAUAUGUAGUCUAGAUAUCUUAAAAGCUUCGUUAUAGUACAGCAUCAUUCAAACUUGACUGAGAUGAAUAGAACUUCCUCUUAAAAUGAUGAAAAGUUACUAAAUAUGCAGAGUAAAGAGAGACAAAUUCAACAGCAAGUUUCUCUAGCUGCAUUGCAUUUCUGCCUUUGGGACCCACUUGAGAAAGCUGAGACUGUGGUGCAAGGGCUGAGCCAGUCGCAAAAUGUUGGCAGAUGCAGGCAAAGUUUGGCAUAAUCAGCUAGCAAGCACUGACACAAUUUUCUACCAAUAUCAAAUUCAUCUUUGGAAAUUGUUAAGUUUCUUUCCCACAGCGUUUUUAUUUGAAGCAAUGAGUUCCAUAUCUCAGCUCUUGCAACUUCCUGUAGGGCAAUUGUGUGUUUCACAGUGAUGGUUAUUAUCAGUCUGUCAGUGACUACUUAAUACAAGAAGUCCUCAGAGGAGGCUGUAUGCAUGCAUACAGUGGUGCUUAUGUUUACAGUAGUCUAAAGAGGGCUGUAAAAAUUGGCUAAGGGACUGGUAACUUCAGCCAAAUUGUUAUCCUCUUAGUAUAUAAUCUCACCCGCUGAAGAGGUGAUGUGGGGAGUGGAAUUCGGCAGGGAACCUAAUCCUUUUCCUGUAUCAGGAUGCUUUUUAAACUCCAUUUAUACAUCUGCUCUGUGAAUAAUCUGCCGCAUGGUAGAGCAAGUACACAUAAAACGCUCUGCAGCCUUUAUUUUUCGGCUUUCUUCCUAAACCAGUGUGAGUUCACCGCAAAAUAACAACUGUGCUAUCUCCUAUUUCCCAGCCUACACAUGUGGUGCCGUUUCAGGACAUUGCAUUGACAGAAAGCACCUUAGCUAGGCCAGAUACUGAAAAAGAACUACAACAGAUUUCCAGCACUGAGGAGCUCAUGUAGGACCCAUACUCUGGAGUUUCGAAAUUCUGCAGCACUUAGGUCACACAAUAUUAUUUGCAUAUUCUCACACAAGCAUACACACAAAUGUCUCCUAAUCUGUCCUAGUCAUUUGUCACCCAAAAUCUGCCAAAUUAUACAAAAUGUAAUCUGUUCUAUACAGCAGUGUAGCUAGCCGCUAGGGCAGAUGUAAGCCGCACGAUGCCUUUUCGGGCAGCGCAGAGCUUGCAAUGCAGUCUGCCCACUGCCUCUUCAUCAGCUGUUUCGGGCAGUGCAGAGACGUGUGGCUCGGGCACACUGCAGGCCCCGUGGUAAGUGCAACCCCCCACGGUGUGGCGCCCACUGUGCCUUGCCCCCCCCCCCAGCUAUGCCUCUGGUUCUAUAUAUCUGUAUCCGAAAGGCUGCCUCUAUUUUACAGAUUUUUCCAAACUGCAAAUGGUAAAUAUACCUUUGCUUUAUGGGAAACGAUAGCCUAGUGGGGAAUUUUUUAUUGACUAGUGCAGGAAACAAAAUCGGUUUACUUGUCCACAUAUAGGCAAUUUCAGAGGGACGCUGGUGGCACUGUGGGUUAAACCACAGAGCCUAGGACUUGCCAAUCAGGUCGGCGGUUUGAAUCCCCACGACGGGGUGAGCUCCCGUUUCUCGGUCCCUGCUCCUGCCAACCUAGCUGUUCGAAAGCACGUCAAAGUGCAAGUAGAUAAAUAGGUACUGCUCUGGCGGCAAGGUAAAUGGUGUUUGCGUGCGCUGCUCUGGUUCGCCAGAAGCGGCUUAGUCAUGCUGGCCACAUGACCCGGAAGCUGUACGCCAGCUCCCUCGGCCAAUAAAGCGAGAUGAGCGCCGCAACCCCAGAGUCUGCCACAACUGGACCUAAUGGUCAGGGGUCCCUUUACCUUUAUAUAGGCAAUUGCAAUGAGAGCUUUUUGCUGCAUCAUUAAGUACUGAAGUUUAAUUCAGCUCUUCUUGUAUUCAUUACUGUGAACAACUAUCCUUCAUUCUUCAAAGAAGAUUGAAGCAAAGCCACAAGCAUUGCCAGAAGGGAGACAAGCCACCUCUUUGCUGUGGGUGUCAGAACAGAUCAUUUGUGAUUGAGUUGUGACAUUAAGUCAAAGUAUUCUAUUGAUUUCUCUCAUUCAGAUGGUAGAGUUCCUACAAGUAAAUUAAUGUCAAGAUUCUAGGCUGACAGGUCACUGGAAAACACAUUUCCAUAGUAUUUGAAGCUUAUUCACACCACUAUUGGCAUGAAAUUAUUUCUUAAAUUGUAACAGCCAGCGCAGAAACCUGAAAUAUACGAUACCAAUGAAUACUUAGCUUAUCAUUCUCAAAAUUGUCGUUCUUAUGUGAAAAAAUAAUUUUAGAACACCUUUCUAAAUAGUGGGAGAGAACACUGAGAGUAUCAGAAGUUAGAAAUUUCAUUGCAAAUGAACUUAGGAAAUGUGUUUUCCCUCCCUUCAUAUUAUAUAUCAGGAAUACAAAUCUCAAACUGGAAAAUCAAUUGUAUUGAGGCAGCAAUGCUAUUUUUACCUUUAGCUCAGCUGCUUAGGUUAAGUCACAAGGACUCCCAUGAAUGAUAGCCACAAUUUAGAUUUAUGCGAGUAUGCUGUGUGAAGGAUUUUUAUCUUUCUGAAAUAUCAAUGAUUCUACAAGUCCUUGCUGCCCUUCACACCAUCCUGUGAGAAAACUGUAUUUAUGAACCUUUUUUUAAAGGUGUCAACAUAAUUUUUGAAUCUUUUUUCUUAAAAAAAGCAUGCCUUUGUUUCAACUCAUAAGAUAAAUCCUGAAAACAAUCUUCAUUGACCAGUUAGGAAAAUGACACUAUUUUUCCUAUGGGAAAAACGUGUUCAUGUUUUGUUUUUGGUUUUUUUAAAAAAAUAGUAUAAUUAAAAUACAAUUUGUGGGGAGUGGGUGUUCAUGAUAACAAGGGUCAAUCUUUCCAUAUUGCACUUUUUAUUAUUUAACGUCAGCUGCAUUUUUCCAUUUGAAUUUCCAGACAAAGGAAAUACAGGGGAUUUGCAAGAGAACUAUACAAAAUAUUAGUGUUGGAAAAGGGUUUUCUGUCAUGUGCCCCCGUUGUUCUUUUCCUCAGUGCUAGAUGUCAUCCAAAACAUGCAAACUCUUUAAACCACAUACAAUGAUGUAUUUAUUAUUGGAGUUCUUAAUCCUGUAAAACGGUUUUCUUUAGUCAAAACAGACUGGACUGAUUAAAUAAAUUGACCGUAGUUGACCAGGCCUCUGUGUUUACAGUAGCUGAAACUACUACUAAAUUGUAGAGGCGCUUUUUGGUGGGGCGGGGAUUUUACAAAAACCUUGAAUCUUUAAUGAAACUUUCCCAGUGUCUUACCAGAGAAGAUCAGUCCAAAGGUGAUAGCUUAUUUUCUUCUUCUUAGAUAUGGCAAUAAUACUCGGAGCUAUGUGGUGCGUGUUGGAGACUACCACACAUUAGUGCCCGAGGAGUACGAGGAAGAAAUUGGAGUACAAGAGAUUGUGCAACACAAAGAAUAUAGGCCUGAUAGCAGUGAUUAUGACAUUGCGCUGGUGAGGCUGCAAGGACCCGAAGAGCAGUGCGCUCGCUUUAGCACCCAUGUCUUGCCUGCUUGUUUGCCACUCAGACGAGAGAGGCCACAGAAAACUGCUCCCAAUUGUUACAUCACUGGAUGGGGUGACACAGGUAAGGAUUGUUUUUACAGCACAAAAUAUUUUUUUCCUUACUAUGGUAAAGUGGGCUUCUUGUCAUUAACUCACCUACGGGAUGAGGGGAAAAAAAUAAAAUUUUAGAUUUAAACUUAAGUUUUGAUCAUUCAACAAGUGUACAAAAUAUGAAGAAAACUGGAUGACACGAGGUAAAAAAAGUUGGAUCACUUGAUAUGGAAUGACCCAGCUAGUAAAAGCUUUUCAGACAGGUCUGCCUGGAUCUUUGCUUGUAAUACCAACUUUUGUUGUUGCUUAGAUAUGGCAGGUGCUAAUUUUUCUAUUCUAAUGGUGCUCAAUGUGUUGCAGUGGAUUGUCUAAAAUUGUUAUGCUGUAUCCCACCUUGGGGGACACGGGUGGCGCUGUGGGUUAAACCAGAGCCUAGGACUUGCCGAUCAGAAGGUCGGCGGUUCGAAUCCCUGCGACGGGGUGAGCUCCUGUUGCUCGGUCUCUGCUCCUGCCAAGCUAGCAGUUCAAAAGCACGUCAAAGUGCAAGUAGAUAAAUAGGUACCGCUCCUGUGGGAAGAUAAACGGCGGUUCCGUGCACUGCUCUGAUUCGCCAGAAUUGGCUUAGUCAUGGUGGCCACAUGACCCGGAAUCUGUACACUGGCUGCCUCGGCCAAUAAAGUGAGAUGAGCGGCGCAACCCCCGAGUCGGUCACGACUGGACCUAAUGGUCAGGGGCCCCUUUACCUUUACCUAUCCCACCUUGGCAACUUCUGGUUUAAGGGAAUUGUUUGCACAAGUCUCAGAGUCAAGUAUUCCUGCACAGAAUUUUAAAAUACUGCAAAAAGUUGCCUUCUAUUGCUAGUGAGGUAGCUUGGGAAAGAUAAAUGAAAGGUAUGGGUUCCAUUGCAUCCACAUACUUCUUUAUUAUAGUUUUUGUCCAUUUUUUCCUAUAGAAAGAUGGCCGGAAAUAACCUAAUAUAUACCGUAGUUUUGUGGUAUCUCCCUCCAAAAAAACCAACAAAAAAACCAUUGUCAAUUACAAAGACCCUACUAAGUGUGAAAACAAUGCUACAUGGCAAUUGACUGGCGUAGAAAUAACAUGUCUGGAGGGAAUGCAGAAGACUGCAAUAAUUCUAACACACAUUUCACAUUCAGUAUGUCAAAGCCUGUAUUUUUCUACCACAGGAAGAGCUUACUCAAGAACAUUGCAACAAGCUGCCAUCCCUCUGCUUCCUAAAAGAAUCUGUGAAGAACGCUAUCGGACAAGGUUCACAGGAAGGAUGCUCUGUGCUGGUAGCCUCCAAGAGCAGAAGCGUGUGGACAGCUGCCAGGGAGAUAGUGGUGGGCCGCUCAUGUGUGAACGCCCUGGAGAAAGUUGGGUUGUAUAUGGGGUGACCUCCUGGGGUUAUGGCUGUGGAGUCAAAGACUCUCCAGGUGUCUAUACCAAAGUUUCCUCCUUUGUACCUUGGAUAAGAAGUGUGACCAAACUAUGACCAUGCUCGCGUCACUGACCACUAACAGCACAGUCAGUACAAAGCUGUACACAUUUUUCUGUGUAUGCUUAUUUUGUUGGAUAAUAUGGUAGUUCAUCUUAAAGUAAUGUUGACUUACAUUGAAACACGGGGGGAAGUAAUACUUAUUGUGUCCCCCUCAUCCAUGAAAUCCCCAACGAAUAGCACAUUUAAAUAAUUGCACAAAUAGUUCUCGAUAUACAUAUGAACAUGACCUGUCCUAUUUAAAUGUGUAAAGUGGUAAAAGAUCAAUGCGCAAUAUCCAUAUACAAGAUUUUAUGAGAAUACACUUUUUAGACAGAGUAAAAUAAAGCUUCACUAAUUUACACUCAUCACACUGGCUUGUAAUAUAUAUAGCAGACAGGCCCAACUUUUUGUACUCAUUUGUAAGAGCUUUUCUUUUUGCCUUUCUGCAAGGCUUCAGACACACUAGACUGUGCUUACUACUAGCUUUCCAUUAGAUUUACAUGACCUAGAACUAAGGCUUUCUUUUCAGACAACAAAUCCUUCCAUGAUCCCUUUGCAUGAGGCUAUAGAAAAGAUUUCAUGACUCAAACCAUUAUGUAGCACCCAGAAUGGACUUUAAAAAUACAAAGAAUCAAUUUUACUUCAACCCGAGUUUCAAGUUUAAUUAUAAAAUAGGAAACUGCAUUAUUUAUGAACUGUAAGACUCUAUAACCAUUUGUUUGUUCCAAUUGAAUUUUCAAAAAUGUUUUUAAAGAUAUAGCAAUAACUGUGUCAAGAGGGUGAUUGGUAGUUCCCAAUCAACUGGUUAUAUACCGUACCUGUGAGAUUGGUGUCUUUCCUUCACAAAAUUCCUAAUUGCAAUGUGUUGGCCUUUGGGUGCUUCCUAGUUAUGAUAGGUGUGCAUUUAUGUACUCAGUGAUGUUUCUACAUGUAUGGGUAUGUUUUGUUGCAUUUUUUACCUAAUACCUCAGCAUCGUUUGAAAAGCACAUGGGUUUGAAAAGAACCCAGAUGACUGGUUUAUAUGGGAAGAAUGUCAAUGCAAUAAAUAUAAAAAUCCCCAAGAAAAACAUUUGGCCCCAUAUGGCAAAGUAUACAAAUGUGGCAAAGAGCUAUGCCUAACUUAAACAUAAAUUUUGUGCUCUAUAUGGAUACUUCUCCAUUUAUAUAGCUUUCUGUAACUUUCCACUUGGUACUUGAUUUUAUGUUAGGCAGCCUUCACCCUUAUGAAACAAAGCAGUUCUUUAAUGAAAUGUAAACUGCUAAAUUGUUUUUAAUAAACAAUAGCCACCUAAGUACAGGGGCUGGGACAGGUCUUCUAAAAGUAUGUUGGACAUUCAAGGUGCUAGGCUAUGAAGGGAAGUUUUUCCCUUUUCAAAACUAUGUUGUAUUAGUUAAAUCAUUUUUACUAGAAAUGUGAUUUGAAAACUUCCUGAGUUCAACAUUUUGUUUUAAACUCGGCUGACCUUACUUAUCAAGCAAUUUCAGUAUGUCUAAGCAUUUAGCAGUACAGUACACUCAAAAACUUAUCUAGAAAGUAUGGUUUUCAAUCUUAUUAAAGUCUUUGUCACAAUUUUAUAUUUUGAUCAAAGCCAUAAAACGUAACUUGCACAAUAAAACCUGCCAUUUAUUGAAGUCUUUGUUAUAAGCUUAAAGUGAAGAUUUCACUUUUAAGAUAUAUAUCUCAACGUGCACCUACAUUUGUUUUAAGUGUCAAGUAGGCAAAAAUCUCAAACAUGCCUGUUGUGUUUGUCCUAGGAACAAGUAGCUAACUGUGGCCAUCAUUUUUCUGUAUGUCCAUUUGAAAUCUCAUUAACCUUUUGUCCUUUUGUUUAAUGCGUUUGAUACAGCUCUUCUAAUCUUCCCCACCCAAAUAAGGGAAGUCACCUAUCAAACAAAAAACUAAACCUUUCAUAGGCUAUUCUGUAAUUUGUAAGGUUUUCACUUGGACACAUGCAAAGAUGCACGUGCUUGUUUCAUCUUUUAGUGCUUUUCCAAGUCACAACAGUAUUUGUAGAAGACUGAAGCUUUCAAAGUAAUUUUAAUUAAAACACAAGGUAUGUGUACUGUGAUUCUAUCCCUUUAAAGGGACCCAAGUGUGUACAAGGUUGCAAUUAACUUAAGGAAAUGCAAGAGCUGCUAUCAGGGCAAAUCACAGAUAUCAAAGCCCACUUUUAAUUUAUGUAGCCCAUAGUACAGUUGUACCUCGGGUUAAGAACUUCAUGCGUUCUGGAGUUCUGUUCUUAACCUGAAGUACCACUUUAGCUAAUGGGGCCUCCUGCUGCCGCACGAUUUCUGUAAGCAAAGUUCUUAACCCAAGGUAAUAUUCCUGGGUUAGUGGAGUCUGUUACCGGAAGCGUAUGUAACCCGAGGUACCACUGUAUCUUGUGCUAACAUUUCCCCAUUUCAACACCCCCCCCUUGUGGACAAACUGAAAUGUAUCUAACCUGUAUGUAAAUUACGGGCAAUCCAUUUCAGCUCACAAGCCAGAUUUGUCUUUCACUUUUAGCUGCCUGGAGGUCACCUGCUCCAUCAAAAAUACUCCAUCCUUACUUGAUGUUAUGCCUAGAACUCUUUCAAAACACUAGUGUGAUGUUAUCUCUCCUUUAAUUCAAAUUAACACUCCAAACUCUGUUUCUACAGGGCAGCCAACAUGGUGCCCUCCAAAUAUUACUCCAACAUUCACCCCUGUCCAUGCUGGCUAAGGCAGAGGGAAGAUCCACUCCCCCUUCUUUUAUCAUGUUAAAUUUUAAAUGGUAAAAUUAUUUGGGGGAAAAUGUCAAAUGACAAAUUGUGCAUGACAGAUUACAGAGUACAUGAGGUGAGGCCCCUGUCCCAAGGAAGGAGACAGAUAAAAGGAGAAAACAUUCAACUGUUUGUAGGCUCUGUUACACUAUUGCACAGGAAUGGUUUUUUUCAAAUGACUUCAAUGAAAAGUGCCUUUGAGAUUCCUAUUUUGUAAAGCACCACACACACUGAUGCAUUUGCAACACCUACUACUGUGAUCAGCCAGGUUAAAACCAAGCAACUAAAUUGGGAAAACAGUAAAAAAUUGCAAACCAUUUUAAUUUUAUUGUAUCAAAACCACAACAUAAGGCAAUAUAUACACAUAAAAAUACAAACUGAGGAGGCACUUUCCUCAAUUUACUCCACAGCAGUUAAAGUGCCUUUCCAAAGCAAACAAAUCUUAUACAUUAAUUUCAAUUAUUUAAACUGUAUUCACUUGUAAUAUUUACAGCUUAUAAUAGCUUUGUUUCAGGCACUAAAGUUAUUUAUGUUUUCAUUGCUGUAACACUGUUGAGAACAAAAAUUUCAUGACUACCCUGUUAACACACACUUUUAGCAGAAGCAUGUGCCACUUCCACUGCCCAUCUUCAAACUCAAGAGUAGCAAGCACAUAUAUCCUGC